GAUUUGGGGGGGUUCACUCCUGCUGCAAUAUCUUGCUACAUGUGUGGAGUCGGAACUCGGGGGUGUGAAUGAGCAGACUGGAGAGCUGGUGACAAACACACCGGAUUUACCCUCAAAACGCGGUGCAUUAACCUACCGGACACCCACUCUAAAAUGUCGAAAUUCCUCGGCGGCGUUUGUCCUCGAAAGUAACAGUGGAGCAUCUACCGUUACAGGAGAGACUGGGAAGUGACCAAACAAUGGACUUAGGGAGCAUGUUUUAUUGCUGAACGCCCAUAGAAAGGGACUGAUGUUUUGCGAAGACUGCUGCUGCUGCUGCUGCUGCUGCUGCACGGACCGGGCCGUGGAGGAGCCACAAAGGGAAGAGGAGAGUAGGAGUGACAGAGACGGCGCUGCACAAAGGAGUGCAAAGCAGGACGCGUGUGUGCAGGGAAGCAGUGCCCUAGAUUUGUACAACAUCUGAGUUUCUCUGUCAUUCAGCUCCCCUCAUGCUCUUCCAGGAAGCAAUUUCUCCUCCCGCACCUGGAAAAACAAAGAGAAUGCGUUCAGAGGCACAAAACCUCCAUGCGUAAAUGGAGACGCAUUGGUGCGUAUUCGCCAUACUUUUUCAAUAUGCGUGCAAUAAUCAUGUUUGUUUUCUCACUAACUCAUACCCUGAUUCAUGAACUUACUGCUAUAUAUGCAUAAUAGACUUCCCAAUACUUCAUAUCUGUCAUGAGUGAUGGCGAUGCCAGCAGAAUCUGACAGUACCAGUGCGCAGGACAGUGUUCAUGAAAAAAGCUUCAAGCCACCGGAUCGCAAUGGUUAUGUGAAAACAUGUGUCGUCCCACUGUGCCGUGACCGAGAUUACGAGUCGUGGGUGAGGCUAAUGUUCACAAAAACAUGGAGUUCCCAAAGACUCCGAAGUGCGGUGUGUGCGGGGUCGCUCUCGGUUUUUCUCGCUCUGUUAGCCAAAUGUGCAGACUGGAGCGCUGACAACACAGUCCUGCAUUCAUCGUCUCCCCUUCACUUCGUCUCAGGCUGCGCGGCGGAGCUGUUGCAAACUUGCUGGAGUGUGCUCUCGCCAUUGUUCACCCUCGUAUGUGCCUUCUUUUGGGUCGGGGUCUACUUGAUCCGCUGCGGGGUUCUAAUCCAGACCGCCCUCUCUCUUUUAACCUUGUGCCACCUGGGCGAAGCGGCGGCGUGGUCUCUGCUGGACGGGACAGAUGAGCAGCUGCUUUCCUUCUCCACAGCGGCCGUGGUCGUGCUCGUCUGCGUGGCCACCGGCGCACUCAUGGUAGCACGGCUAAACCAGGGCAUAUCUGUGAUCGUUUUCAUCAGCCUCGUUAGGACUAUCUCACUCUUCUCGCUACACAAAGUCCGGGCCACUUGGAGACCGUACGUGGCGUACCUGGUUGGAGUGCUGGGCAUCCUGCUGGCGAGGUAUGCUGACAAGCUCCUUCCCAACCAAGGGAGACACAAGGAGGGCUGCACCCCCGUGACUGGAGGCAGGGAAGAGGUCCCUGUAUUUAAAAGGCGCAGGAGGUCCAGUUCUGUGAUAGCCUCAGACAUGGCAAACAGUCAGUCCAACAGUAAGUCACAUCGCCGGACCUCUCUGCCAUGCAUCCAGAGGGACCAGGUAAGGAGUCGCUGUCCCGUUCAACUUUCUAUUUCUGCCUUGUUUUUUUCCCUGUCCUAAUGAUGAGAUUUCUGUGUGAGGCGAGGGAGGAAAGAAGGAAACUGAGAAAAAUGUGGUGAAAAUAAGAUUAUUGACUUUUUAAGAGUGAGAUCCAAUUUAGUUUUUUAACAUCUUUCUAUUUGUAUGAAUAUGAAGCAGUAUCUGAAAUGUGAGGAUUUGAAUUUUUAGACAACAACAAAAUAAUAAUGAUAAUAAUUUUAAAUAAAUAUUAUUAUUAUCAUUAUUAUUAUUAUUAUUAUUAUUAUUAUUAUUAUUAUUACUGUGUGUUUUCACUGGACCAAAGCAGUUUUGCCAGGAGAUGUGCUGUUAUAUUUUAUUAUUCUAUGAUGCUCUGAUCAUCUUUGGACUUGCAUAUUGAAGCAGCCAAUGGCAGGCAAACAUUGGAUUAUAAUAAAAUUAGAAUUUUUCUGCCCCCGUCCAGAAAGAUCUUAAGAUUUCAUGUACCAAAACUUGAAUCAAUCAUGUUUAAUCAGAAUUUAUCAAAAUUUCCCACAUUUUUUCCCCCUAAGGCGACAGUUUAAAGAUAGGCAGGCACGAGCAGGAUAGUUUCAAGAGCAGGUCUCUUUUGUUCUCUAAAAAUAAAUCACCAAAUGAGGUAUUUUGCUGCCAAAGGGGUGCUAUUUUUGAAGAAGCUCUGGAGUGCUGAUUAGAAAGGGAGGCUGAGGAUGCAAUAUCAGUGAUUCAUCUCAAUCCUGAUUUUUUUAUGUCAAACAUUUUCCCCCAGAUGAUCUCUGAAUCACGGCCACAAUCUGACUAAUGCAUUUUUUAAUCUUUUUGUCCUGCACUUGUGCACCACUUGCUGUCGUCACUUAUCGCAACCUGCAAGAAUGCAGCAGUGCUGGCUUUUAGACCUCCUCAGCAACUGAUACACAUGCCUACCUGUGUUUAAGACGGAGCAGGAGGGGGCGGGGGGGUCACUAUCAGCUCCUCGGCCCUCCUUAUGGAAAAUCAAUGAGCAUGCUGAGCGUGUGAAUGGGAAACAGACUUGGGCAGUGAUCAAAGCUCUCGUUGUGACCUGUGAGUGGGGUGAGGCGAGGGGAUGAGAGGCUGCAGUGUCAGCCUAGCCACUUGAAAGGUGCCCUCAGCUCUCAGGGCUUGUUAGCGUUGUAGUCUGCUUGUUUGUUUUUACUUGGUGGUCACACACACUUGUGCACAGAUAUGAAAAGACUUGCAGAAAUUUUUUCCAGCUUAUGCUCGACUCUGAUGAAGGAGUGAUGUCUCAGCUGAACCGUGUUCAACUGUCACUCAGUUUUACUCUCAUACGCAGCGGUUGUUUUGCUGCAGCGCUGGAGAGAGAGGGUGAAUCUUUGUUUUGGAAUAAGUGAUGAGCUGGAAAAUGGCUGGCUCAGAAGUUUACUUUGAAUUGUAACUGCAUGGCUGUAAACAAGCGUGUGCAUACCACUGGCAGAUUAUUUUACCUCAGCUGUGUUUUGAAGUGCAGUGCAGCAACAGAAAAAUACACUUAUGAGUGGUAUCCUUUACAUAUCUAAAGAAAAACAUACUUUUAUUUUCAAUUGUUUUGGUCGUAUAAAAAAGGAAGACUUGGUGCACCUUUCCAUGAAGGUUAUCAGUUUGUGUUUUAGACAAUAUGUAUGAAGAUGAACGUCCAAAAAGCUCAUUCUGAUAUGAUUAUAAUUUGGUGGUUAAACAGGGAGUAGACCACAAAGCUGUAAGAAAAUAUCUGUAAUAUUCUGUAAAAUAUGAUAAGACUCAGAUACAAAAACACAUGAAGGCAAUUGUGCAGUGAUAGGAGGCACACGUGAUGAAUUAAUCAACAUAACAUUGCUAUACAGCUGGAUUACUUACACACAGGGGUGUGUCCAGACUUUUUGGUGUGGGGUGGCCCAGUUGUAAUCUGAUUUAUGAGGGGGUGGCCCAGUAUCAUACAAAUGUUUUAUUCCACAUAAACACAACAAAGAGGCAACAGUUAGUCUUCUAGCUUCAUUCUUGGAGGACUUAAUUCAAAGAUGAUGGUUGAAAGUCACAUUUUUAGAUGCUUAAAUUGCAAAUAAAAUAUCUCACACUUACUGUCCAAAGUGGAUUUACUCUCAAUUUUAAUUAAAACCAGUCUGAAUAUUUCUGCCUGUUUAUCUGCCUGAGUUAUUUUUGAUAGCCUGAUCGCUCUCCUGCUUACUGAUCAGAAGCAGUUUUUAUUUAUUGAUUAAUUUCAAGUGCCAAUAAAAAAAAAAAAAAAUCUAAUAAAGCCACAAGCAAUCCUCAAAGUCUCACCUCUGACAAGACAAAUAGCCAAUUAUAGUCUGGGAUUUUGUAGAUUUUGAAAGGGGCCCAUGCCACCCUUUACCACACCUCUGGAUGUGCCCCUGCUGAUAUGUGAACAUAAGGUGCAGCGUUCAAAGAUAUAUAAGAAUAUGCUAGGUAAAAAUAAAAGACAUUACUUCCAAAUAGCUGUAUCAACUUCAGAGAUUAACACCUUUUUGUCUGUCUCUUGUUAUUUUUCUCCUCCAUAUCCAAAUACAAGCUGAGAGGGACAGAGUAAAGUCUGCAGCAUGAUACACUGAUGCUAACAUUAACAACAUCUGUGCUGCAUUGGAUGGAGCCCUCUGCUGAGAGAAGAUCUCUAUUACAUGUUGUUGUGGGACAUAAAGAUAGAAGCGCUCCAGCUGUUGUGAGGGGAUAUAAAAGUUUACUCGAUAAUAUAACAGAUUGUGAUUAUCUGAGUGUUUUAUUGCUCCGAAUCAUCUCUGGCUGCGGUGCUGAGUAGUUGACCAGUCAUGGGCUGCCUGUAAUUGAGACACACAUGGUGUACAUAUGCUGUCCUAACCGUGUCUUGUCUGUGUGGUCUGUAAUGUGUAAACAAGCCUAUGCUGACCCACUCUAGUCAUCACCUAGCUCACACGGGACUGGUGGUGGUGGUGGUGGGGGUGGUGUCGUGGGGGUCGGACACACUUUUGAAGGCCACAAUGCAAUCCCCACAUGGUGACGGGAACAGAGAAGAUGCCAGACACCAUGAAAUGUCUAACUGACCGCCUGUAGGAAAAAUUUAAGCUGAGAGCAUGGCAGCAGUGGAGCGAUGUUUCCAAGCUACUGCCUCUUAUUUUAAAGACCUUAAGUGGGUGACUGAUGUUUUAACAGCUCUGCCCUUUUGUUGUGAUCAAUAGAGUUAUGAUGUUUAAAAAGGAGCAGACAAGGAGUAGAUCUGCGCUUUGCUUACAUGAAGAUGUUUGCAUUAGCGCUGUGCCUGAAGUGUUUGAAGAAUAGCUCUAGUUUGCAUGAAGGAUUGCAGUUGAUACUUGACUUUGUUUUUUUCUCAGGGAGCUUCUCCCACAGCCUUUAGAGUCUUAUAUAAAGGCCCUUCAGAUUAAUAGUCACUGUGUAAAAACAGUUUAUGCAGAAAAUAAAUAGAGCAAAGAGGAAUCCCUCAGCCUUGUCCUCCUCACAGGCCUGGACGCUGCCAUGAUGACCUCCACUGUUGUGCUAUGCUCAAGUCUACACAACCGUAGAUUUAAUAAACAAUCAUUUUCCCUCCUUGUGAUUACAAAUUGGCAUCGACAAGUGCCCGUCAGCUUGCUAAGGGGGUGCAUGUUGCAACGCUGGGGUCAUCCUCCUCAUCAGAGGCGUAAUAAAAGAAAGUCAUUAUCAGCUGAUCUGAUAGCGGUUAGCGGGGCCUCUGCGGGACAGUUCUUCAUCUUGGGUUAAUACACAAUGACAGGCCAGCUCUCCGUAUUUCAGCUGGGAGUAUUGAAUCGGGGGAAGAGGUGUGUAUCGCUUUUCACAGUGUAUAAGGAAAUUUGAGUCCAAGGCUCCACUGCUGCAGACAUCAGCACUGUCACAGAACUUUCUCUCUCCUCAAGCAGAAAAAUCAGACUGCCAUGCUGCUACUCGUGCACAUUUAAAGUUUCCGACCAAAUCUACCUGAGCUGCAAAGUCUGGAUCCUCGUGUCUCAGCCAGGACACGAGGGUGGGGAUGUUUGUCAGAAGCGUCUGCUUUUUAGAUGAUUUUCUUAAGGCAUUGACGGCCCCUCCUUAUUCUGUCAGCAACACCAACCCCCUCCUCCUGUCCUCUGACUGACACCAACACAAAUAUUAUCCCAACCAGAGGAGGAAAUUCUUUCUUAACUCGGAUGAUAAAGAUAUUCAUGAAAUCUAUGGUAAUGACUUCCUGUGGAAUGGGAUCCGAACAUAAUUACUGUAGCUGUUGUAAAUGUUUCCUGUUUCUCUAUAUUUGCUGCACCAUCCAUAAUUCAAUUAUGUUUUGGAUGGAGGAGGUUGUUGAUAGCCUGUAGGCCAGUGAUUUACAACUCACUCUCAUCCCAAGCAGUAUGUUUGUAUUCCAAGUGCAUAUUUGGGAUGUGAUAUUUUUACUUUUUUUCACCCAAUAGACCAUCUUCUGGUUAGAAACUGUUUCACUGAAAGCUUCUCUUGCAUUUGGAGAGAAGAAGCUGAUAUCAGCGUGGCUUUGUAUGUCUUGGGUUUUGAUGAUCCACUUCACACUUUCAAUCCCCGUUUCGUCCCACUGUAUUAGCUGCACUGUGCAAGUGCAAGGAGGCAAAGGCUGGAGGAAUUGGUGUAGGAAUGAAAGUAGGUCAUCCGAGGUUUUGUUUAGUAGCCAGGCAAAACAGCAGGCUUAGUCAAACCCCCCAGAAUGGUGGAAGAGUCUUGUGUUUGACUGAUGCAGUGAAGAAACUUAAAGUGUGCUUGUGCUCCAGAUUUGUGUGUGUUACCUCUGCCAUGUUGGCUACCUGGUGCAAAGCCACAUCACACCGGCAUCUGUGCCGGUAAAACAAGACCUUCUUAACCCACAUUGUCCCACCAAGCAGAUGGGAUCUAGACAGGUUGUUGAGAUGGCCGGCGGCCGAUUGUAGUUCAGGUUCAUUACAAAUCGAGGUCUCAUUUUAAGCUUCGGUAAUCAUUUAAAUCUGUUGUGGUAUCCUGGUAAGCGCAGAAGUAACUGUAACAAUCUGGUAACGCAGCAACGUCACUACAACAGAGUGUGUUUGGGCAAAAAAUGUGCAGUGAGGACAAUUAGAGAAAUAUUAAACAAACCAAUCAGAUAAUUCAGACCACAUGAGUUAAAAACCAACAAAAAAUGUUGCUUUUAAUCCACCUUUGCUCAUAAGAAUGAAAUCCUGCAGUUUAGACGGACACUGAACCAAAAUUUAUAUGAACUAUAAUAAACGUUAAAAAAAAUGUUCUUGUCUUGAAAAGAGUGAGUUGAGAGAUUCUCUGAUACACUGUAUAAAAAUGGACGUUGCCUCAGUCAUUUCUCAGUACUUGAGGCCACUCAAACUGGAAGUCUUAGACUUGACCGCUGAUGAUUAAAGACUUGGACUUGGACUCAAGCACCAUCUGCAGCAGGGCAACGACUUAUUUAACCUUUUAUGUUUUUAAUAAAUUAUUCAACUCGUAAUAAACCAGCACACAUUCACCUACAUGAACAUUCACAUGCUGUCUUAGGAUGCUCAAAAAGGUGCCACAAAUCACAAAUUUUGAUUUCAAAGAGCUGAAGGGGAAAUGUGGACAAAAGAAAUGCAACAUGUUUGAUCUUCCAAAGAACCAUUAAGGAGAUGCAACUAAAUUGACUCAACCACCGGAUCGCGGAUAUCUGAUCAGACAGAAAUAACAGCAGUUAAGUUGCAGGUAUUAUGAAUGUAUUAGACACCUGCAGUGAUCCCGCUGCAGAGGAACUGAUGAUUGUGAUGCCCUGAUUAGAGAGCCAAGGUCUGCACUGAAACACAACACACUAUAGCACUGUAAUGUCAUUGAUAAUGUAAAUCUCCAGACAGGACAAGUCAAAAUCUUAUGUCAAUGAAUAAAAUGUGUUGUGUACACUUCCCAAAAAAACCCACCACAGUCAGUUAAAAUGUAUUCAGUUGAGAGUCAAACUUUUCUUAUGAUGAAUAAUUAUAUCAAUCAAUCAAAUUCAAUCAAUCAAAUUUUAUAUAUAGUGCCAAAUCACAACAACCGUUGUCCCAAAAUGUCGUUAUUUAAAAAAAAAAAAAAAGCAGGUCUAGACCACGCUCAUUGUUUGAUGAAUUACCAAACCUUAAGAUAGGACAGAUUUGACCCAUCUCAUCUAACAUGAGUGACAGUGAAAAGGAAAAACUUCCUUUUAACAGGCAGAAACCUUGAGCAGGACCAGACUCAUGUUAGACAGCCACUCGCUGCUGCUAAGUUGAGGAGAACCACUCAGAAGAACCUCAUUAUAUUAAUAAUUAGGACUUGUUGGAGUCAGUUAAUGGAGAUUUGACCCUGACGACUUUGUUGUGACUUGUGCUGGACUCAGAUUUAAACACUGACAAUUGAGACUGGACUCAGAGUAAAGGUUUGGUAGCUUAACUACAGCACUGGAUUCAGCAUUGUCACCUAUUCAUUUCUGAAGAGGUGUUAUACAGCCCAAAGAUUGCAUUAAUCAUGUUGAAAAUGCUGAAUCAUGAACUGGCAGCAAAGAACCACAGCAUGCUCAACUGUCAGUCACAUCAACCCCGCCCAUAAAUGUGACCCUUCACCUUAAUAUAAACAAAAUAAAUGAGUUAUAAAAUGAGGCUUUCUGUACAGUCUCCACUGAAAAAAUUAACUAUGGGAUGUUUUUAGUCAGAUCUGAAACAGACUGAAAGUAAUCCUGAUACUUCUAUAUGAUGAACAGCAAGAUCAUGAUGAACAAGAUCUAAUAUCUCUGUGUGGUGGUCAGUGGUGUCUGAGAGCACUGUUGCAGGAAAGGUGUAAAUAAAUUGCAGAAACAUUCAUAUUCAGUAUACUGCACAGUAAAGAUUCUUACUGAGUGAGUCAUUUGGGUGUUGAAGGAGCAGGGUGAGAUUUUUCUUAAAGAUACUACUGACAGAACGAAAUUGGCGCAGAGAUAAGAGGCAAAGCUUUGUCCACAGGGAGCACCACAGUCAUUUCUCACAGGAGCUUAAAGAGACCAAAACUGUAUUUUGUGUGAGGCGUUCACAGGGGUGAAUAUCCUGUAUAAUGGGCGUGAGGGUCUCUAUGGGGAUUCCUCAGCUUUUGCAGCAAGCUUCAAGUGGACACUUAAGGAAUUGUCAUAUUUUUGCACUUUCAGGUCUAGAUGGCAAAUAGAAAAAAAAACUGCAGAAGCUUCUUGUAGUCUAGUUUAAGAUUUUUAUUGCAAACUAAAAAUAUUUCAUAAGCUGUGCCCCAAUCCAAAGACUUUUCCAAGCAGCCAGAAAGAGCCAGAAUUCAUGGACUGUGAAUACUUGGCAAUAGGUGGUUACGAGGCUAACUAGCAAGCGCAGUUAACGUCAUGUAACUGAAACAUUAUAAAAUGUUUGAAGAUCAUUACAAGUUUCAUCACAUCUUUCUUUCAUCACUUGCAGCUGAGUUAAAACCAAAUACUCUUAUUUAACAGUGUGUUACGCUGCGGUUUGAGAAUCUGCCGUCUCAUUUGUACUGGAACGCGAUCAAUCACGAGAAAUGUUGAGCUGCAAAGGGUGCACCCCUGGAAAAGUGGGAUAAUUACGUUUGUCUGCCACAUUUACGGUAGCCUUUAAAGUGGGACAGCCUUUGACACACACCGCUAUGAUGCAUUUGGUCUUAUAUGGCCUCCAAGUUGCAGCACAUCUAUAUCAUCAUCUGGGUACCUCCAAACUGCACCACUCAAGCUCCAAAAUUUCGGCUUGGUCCUGCGUUGUUACUUAAAGCAAGAACUGUAAAAUUCACAAAUAUAUUCGAGUUGUAACAAAGCUGAAUCAUCCUUUAAACUCGACAUCCAUCUGUGUCCAGUUCUUUCAUUACCUUCAUUGACAGCAGCAAAAGCAGCUCAUAUUCUGCCUCUUGCCCUGAAUCUUAUGAUCACCUAAGCCAACCAACUCAGAGGUCCAGGACUUAGCUGAGCACCCCUCUUCCUUCUCUUCCAAAAGCCUUGGCACGACCACAAUGUGGCUCCCUACUGACUACCAUGGAAAUUAUGGAAGGACGUCUGUGUGAGCAUGUGUGCAUGUAAGCGAGUGUGUGUAUGUGUGUGUUGCCAGCAGCUUGAUGGCUGCCAGCUGCUGAAGGCUGAGAGGUUGAAUCCGCUCGGAGAAACACGGAGGGCCUCAAACCACAGACACAACCCAACGCAGCUGGAACUGCUAGACAGGCCCGGGCCUCCAGUCCUGACACACAGCAUGCAUAUUAACACCUCAGUCUCCUAAAAACAUGCCUCCCAAUUGAAUGGAAUUGCAGGAUCUGAAGCAAAUUGUUGAUUUUGUGUGCGUUGAAGGGUAGAUUACAUGCUUUACCUCUUCUGCUUUCUGCUCGAGACUAAAGAAAUUAUGUCACUCAAGUUUUCUGUGUUACCAUAAGAGACCGAGUAUUUCACUGAUAGAGGUGAACAGAAUGUUCCUGGCACACAAGUGUGUACACUUACAAUAUGUGUGUGUGUGUGUGUGUGAUUGUGUGUUUGUGUGUGUAAAGCAGAGAGAAAGGAGGGACUUUAGGUGUGUGUAAAAAUGAUGUGAUGUGGAUAUGUUUUAUUUGUAUGAAUAAUAGUGGUUGGGUAUUCUUUGAAAGCUGCAGUGUGUGUGUGUGUUGGGCGAGGUAUGAUAUGCAACAAAGGUCAAGGACUCUGAUAGGAGUGUUGUGCUAUUGAAGAUAGAAGGUAAAUGCAGAAAUUAAUGCAAAAAUGAAUGAAGGAAAAAUAAGAGAAAGCAACUCAAACAGGAAAUGAAAUGAUGCUCACUUAAGUCUUUCAGGAAAGAGAAAAGUCUGGUGUCAAAUGAUGGUUCCUGCCAAUGGCUGUCCCCCUGGGCAACAUUACUAACAUCACUGCCAGGAGUGAGCAGCAGCAGCAGCAGCAGCAGCAGCAAGCUCUCCCUCUUUAGCCCUUUUCACUCAUGAACUCCUGACAUUUUCACCAGGACACGCGGGUCCCUGGUAUUUUCUGGAACGUGCCUUUUAACACAUGCGCUUCAAAGCGGAAAGCUAUCUGUGCUGGAUGCGCCGUCAUAAAAAGAUGUAGUUUGGUUUAUGGUGAGGAGGAGGAGGCUUGGUAGCAUGUGCAGGAGCAGAAGGGCUUACAUGUUAUAUCACCAGAGGACUGUAUGAGGAGAUUCCUGUAAUGCAAACACACAACAGUAGAAAAGAAGACACUGGUAACUGAGGCGAGAAGGAGAGAGCGUGAAUCAAGCGAUUGGCUAGAAACGUCCUCGACCUGCCUACUUUGGGGUAAUGUUCUAGAUAUGACCCACUAUGUUCAUACACCAGCAAACCCUGACUUCAUUAUGAUGUGACAAAAAUCCAGAUAAAGGGUCCAGUACCUUCUGGUCAGGUAAGGUUGUAGGAACAGAUUUUUUGUGAAAGUUUAGUUCAGGACAUCACUUUGAGGGUAAUUGGAUGCAACCAAGGUGCAACCUCCAAUCUUGAGGGAUGGAUCGAAUGUGGAGAAACUGCAGAGUGUCUUCUUAAGGUUAGCUCCAACAGCCACAUACAUGUUUACAUAGGGCUGGGCGAUAAACCGAGAAUUUACUAAUACCGAAAUUUACAACAAUAACCGACGUCAUUUUGCCCGUGUCAGUAUAUUCGGUGUCAAAAAAAUAAAUAAAAGUUGGUUUGGAUGUGUGUAGGUAGACUAUGGUCUCAUGUCCCUUUGAGAUGCUGUGACUCCACCCCAUCCAGUCCUUAACAAAGAGGGAGAGACCGGUGAGGAGAUGGAGGACGGUUCAGAAGUUGUAGCGGCUGGAGCGGCGGCUGAUGUAGACGAAGUUAAUGUGGGAGGGGCUGAGCAGCUUGUGGAGUAGUUAUCGUCCAUUUAUCGUUUGAAGGAGAACUUCUCAAUAUACCAUGAUUUUGAUUUGAGGCCAUAUUGCCCAGCCCUAUAUUUACAACAUGGUUCUAAAAGUGAUUUUUGUCUGAUCAUCUCAUUUCUUUAUCCAGACACACUAAACAGUUUUUUAACUCAUUAUUUUUGGAGAUAGUGAGAUUAAGGUUUGGCAUAAUUUAGCAUAGCAGAUUUGAUUGACAGCCUCAACUCCAUCUCUUUGUCUCUUGAGUCAGCGAUUCCAAUACAGUGUCUGCAGUUGAGAGGCUUCUAAAGUCCACCUCAGAUACCAAUAGGUGACAUCACUGAGACUAUGCCCAUGUUUAAGCAGCUUAUGAAUGCAACACAUCCAGCUUUCAUCUCUGUAUAUCCCCAUGAAGGACCAUUUCAAUCAUCCGAGGAACUUACCUUUCAGACAGUGAUUCCUUACAUAGGAGGACAUUCCUGUGUUUGCCCCAGUGCUAAAUGAAGAGGAAUGUGCAGGUAAAGCAGACCCCUGAAGGACAGGCCUGUGGGCUCAUUCACCCAGCCCUUCCUUUCUCCCCCUACACGCUCUGACCUGAGCCAACACCACCAUCCUGAGCUGUCACCAGGUGCGCAGCUGGCCUUUGCAGAAUGAAUAGACACUCUCACACUGCCCCAGGAAGUGUGCUCAAGUUGUGAGUGUGUGUAUGUGUGUGUGUAUAUGUGUGUGUGUGUGUGUGUGAAUGUUUUGGAGAGGGAGGUGGAAGCAGAAAGGGGAGGGAACAGCAUCUAGGAUGUAAAUAUCUGCAACCAGUAUAAUAUGUGAGAAUAAUGAGAGUGACAACUGUUCAUUUCUGGGACAGCGGUGUGACACCAACUGAUUUCAUGAUUUCUGACUGGAGCUCAGAGUCCAGUGAGGAAGUGUAGCGAAUGCGUCAGGUCAAGUCUGGCCAUUGUGUCUCCUCCAGAAACAAACCAGGCCACAGUUUCUGCUGCCGCUGCCAUGAUUUAUUUAACAAGCAGGAACAUUUUGAACUCCUCUGACUGGAACUGUACUAUAAAUCUAAACAUGGCCAGCUAUUAAUUGAUUAUAUAUUUCGGGAGCAUGACAAAGGGCUGUUUUGGCUGAUGGAUGGUGGUAUUUAGUAAUCCUCUGUCAAGCUACAAAGGGCAGACUGUUGCAAUUGUUUAUCUUGAUCAAAUCAUUUAUGCAGUGCACACUUUCCUCUGAGACGCUGCAACCUCUUCAUUUCACCACAGGACUGCUGCUCAUUAUUGUCUCAGUACUAGUAGGAGAAAUAUUCAGCUUUUUGACUUUGGGGAAAGUAGGAUCAUAACAACGACGGCAACAUAAAUGUAGGUCAUACAUACAAAAAAAAAAUCACAAGUGGCUCAUGCACUUGAAGUUUCAUGUAGCAGAUUUACACCAGACAAAAUGUAAAGGUCAGGCUUUUAUGGUUUUGUGUAAAAUAUCAGGCGGUGUAAUCUACCGCAGUAUAAUACAUCAACUUUAAAAUAUUUCAUCUACAAACAUCUGUGAAUAAAAGUAUGAGUAGAGGGUAGCUAAACCUCCAGUGUUUCCCUCUUUCUGGGGUCUGUGUGUCUGUCUGGCCGCUGGUGUGCUAGAAGGAAGUGUAUUAUUGUAACCUCUGCCUGGUGAGCCCUCCCAGUCCCUCUGCCUCACUGGCUCGCCAUGAGCCCGUCUGUCCCUGCAGCCAACAAGGCUUCUGCUGUUCCUCGCUCAGUGCCGAGUUUUACUCUCGAAAUAUGUUAGAGGGAAAAAAAAUCUGUCUGAACAUUUGUCUGUCAGUCAGAAUACUUCACCCCUUUCUGGAGCGAGGGUCUUUGGGUUAAGGGCUGUUUUUCACUGAGUCACUUUCAAUUAGUCGGAUAUUAGAAGUGAAUGUAUAGCUGAAUUGGCAUGAUGGUAUGCAGUGUUUAUAUAGAAUUUAAUGUGCGUUCUAUAUACAAAUACGGAGCAUAUUUACAUAAAGUACCAAUGCUGGAAUGAUAAUUAUGAUGCUUGCUCGGUUGAAUCGUGUUUAUGCCAGUUUGGGCGCAUUUUUGAAUCCACUCUGCAAACAAACAACGUUAUUAGUCAGCCAAAGGAAGCAACCUAUUUUUAUUAUUAAAAAAGAGCAGAACAUGAGGAAAGAAGUGAAUAUUAAAAGCAGUGAGCUGGUUUUAGGGAAGUCUUCACUCUGGAAAUGGACUGUUUUUCAGGCAUGCAUAAGCAGCAAUAUUAAAGGAAAGAGGUGAGGAGAUUGAAAGUGUGAGUAAAAGUUUUGCAUAACCUUGUGUUUUUUGAAAAGUGCCAACCAUUCUUAUAGAGGUAAUUCUGGGUGAGGACAAGGCAUCCAGAAGGCCUGAUAUAUUAUAGCACAUAAGUACAACUUUACUCUGUUUUAUUUAUCAUAAAAAUGUGAGUAUUUGUCAAAGAAUUUGUAUGAAAGAGGUUAACAGCAGAUAAAAAACUGUUAGUAAUUUGUUCUUAUUGAGUAAAUGACAACAUGGUGACCCCCUUUGGUACUUGUUCUCUAACUGUGUACACACACAAGCUGACUAGCGAGGUCUCAUUGAUUUCUAACUGUGAUCAUCUGCUUUGCUUAGAGACACUUAAUGAUGUCCCGGCUGACAUGUCACGAUGCAGGUGACAUCCAGUUAUUCUUGGCUGUGUUGACGACAAACACACCAGAGACUGCCCACUCUUUAUGGAUGCCCUUAAGGCACCGCAGAGUAUGAAUGACUCAGAGUGUAAAACCUCUCAAAUGUGGGGAAUAUUUAUCUCCAUCUUAAUUAUUAAGUAAAACACCAAAGAUGAUAUAAUUAAUAAGAUAAAAAUGCACACACACCGUAACGUGACCAACAGGUCUAUAGAAAACAUUUGUUUUUGUAUAUUUGAAAUGAGUUCAUCUUAGAUAAAGUGAUGGUAUGCUUGACAAAAAUGAAAAUGAAAUUUUAGACUAGAUUAUAAAAAUUGCUAAAAAAUAAGUCGAAUUAAAGAGGCAGAGGCUUUCGUAGCUGUCAAUUGUUAAUAUUUUCUAUUGCUAAAUUUUAAUGUGUUUGUAUUUUACAUCACAUGGUUAAAAUUCCAUAACUUUACAUUUCAGAACACUUUUUAAGAACGUAUUUACAAUAUAAAGUUAUUCUUACCAGUCUGGAUGAUUAUGAUUACUUUCUUGUGUCCUGCUGCAGUUUAAUUGACUUUUUAUUUUUAUAAUGGUUUUUGAUGAAAUUGCUCUUUAUUAAAUUGCUACUGUGUUUACAGUGAAAGUAUUUGACAGGUCAAAAACAUACCAACCUGUGGAUGGACUGUAGACCAGACUUUUAUAUUGUUACCUGGCUAUGAACUCUUUAUAUUUUAUUACUCCUACAACUUUUUAUUUCAUACUCCAAAAAGGAGCUCUGCCUGCUUUUUGAAUUGGUUGCCUGCUCAAACCUCUUUGAUUAGCUGCUCCUGUAAACUCAGUUGCUGGGUUGCAACUACAACUUAAAGUAUAGUUCAGUGAUAUUUUAAUAACUAAAUCACACAAAGUGCAAAUUAUUAUUAUUAUUUUUAUUAGGUAAAAUAUGCCACCCACUUUGUGCCACUGGUGUUACUUUUCAGCAGCACUAGAGGCUGCGGCUUAACAAAAUAGCAUGUGAUUAAAAAAGACUUAAUCUCAUUGCAAUAAACGGUAACAGCCCUAGAGAACUCUGAGCCUUUGAGGUUAUCGAACAGUUUUAGAUGAAAAAUUAUCACAGUCAGUUUUACAACACAAAAUGCAGCUUCUAUCUGCAGUAAGAAAACUCAACUCAAGAGGUCAAAACUGUGAGUCUCCUUUUUAGGGGUUAUAUCAAAACACACUUUUUAAUAUCGAGGGAAAGGUAUUUAAAUAUCUUUAUUCAGUUUUUGUUUGUUUUGAAAAACAAAAACAGAUGUCUUCAUUUGUUCGGUUAGAGUGCUGGUCCAGGAGAAAAGUUGUGUGUAGGUGAGAUAGUGGGGAUGUUACAUCCCAGCUCUACAGAACACAGGCUAACCCUGAUCCACAUAAGCUGGUUCAUGUCAAGUCCUUAGAUGCAAAAAACAACGAGUGAAAAAGAAAUGCCAUGACAGCAUGUGAGCCUUGUUGAUAAGACGUGUGUGGCAGUGUUUAAGAAAACUCCAAACAGACGCUCUGUCCACGCAGAUAACACACGGCUUCAUGUUCUGUGUCGAGACAUGGUGGAAAUGUAGAGAAAGGAGUCACAACGGUGUGACUGAGGUUGGAGCAGGAAUUCUGAGGCUUUAUUUGAAUGGGUUUGUGCCUUAGGCUGCCUCGGGCUCUCCUCUCCACACUCGCUCUUUCAAUAAUGUUUUCCAUUAGCCGCUGUUCCAUUCAUACUCUUGCUGAUCCCUGCGUUGUCUCCUCGGGGACAAGACAGCUUAAAUGAAAUCUCGAUACUACUGUAGCAGACACCUAACCUCUUCUAUUCCCUCUUUUUUUCUCUGGUUUGUCCUCUCCAUGUGGAAAACACCGAAGUGUCAGGCCUUUAGACCCAAGGCAGUUACCCUUAGACCCUGGAUGUAGAUGAUGACUCCACAACCAUAGAGUAGACCAGAUCUUGUUGAUAUUUUUACUUUACAUAAAAUUGCAUCUUUCUUUAUGUCUCUGUGUAACAUUUAUUAACAACUCAUUCUCUUUGUAAAUAACAAGCCCUUCACUUUGCAUCUUGCUGUCAUUGUCAGACAGACUUCAUCAAUGUGGUGUAAGAACUGUGGGAGGUUUGGCAGGUGAUCCAUAAAGGCUUUGGAGAGAGGGUUUCCAUUAUAAGGACGGGGAAUGGCAUGUGGUGGUUUUGGCAAAGCCCCACAAACUGGAGAGGCAGAAGGACUUUUGACGUCAUCGGGAAACGUGACCCACUUCUCAAGAGAAAAGAAGCCUUGGGCUGGUUGAGCAGAUGUUGCACAGAUGAGCCUGCACACACACACACACACACACACUUACACAGACACGCAUGCAUGUGCACCUACCCGGAAUGCACACUUUCUACUCUGCCCUUAUUUUCCAUCAAAGUAGCAACAGAAAAGCGAUCAAUGGAGCAGGAACUUAAGCCAGGUCUUGGUGGAGUUUGAGGUUGUGCACAGGUGUGAAGUGAUUGACAGCUUAUGUGCUCGCAAAAAAGGAGGCUGGAAACGAACCUAAGGGAUCUUUUUUCUGAUGGUCUGUGAGUUUUAUUGCCCCUGUUAUGUAAGGUAGAUGUAGGGAAGAGAAGACGAUAUUGGGUCUAAACAAGCCACUGUCUUAGUUCUCUAGUGUGUCCAUUCUGCACAUCAGCCAGAGGCAAUCUCCCCCUCUUCCUCCUCCUCCUCCUCCUCCUCCUCCUUUCUGUCAUCACUCCGGCUCUCUCAGAUGUUACGUAAAGCCUUUUUUCUGGUCUGUCAGUUAGUUAGAUAUGUUUCGGUGCAAUAGGCUCUCUUCUCUCUUUUCCAUCUCUCUGCUAUUUGCACUUUUUAUUGAAACUGUGAGGAGCCUGUCCUGGUGCUUGUUCCAAGGGAUUGGGAAAGAAAGACUGUACAGACACAAAUUCUCACUGAAAAUCACACACUGCAAAACAAAGCUUUCUAGUUUCUCUAUCACUACUAACACAUCUGCUAUGAUCCAUACUUUUCCAAAAAAGGGCCAUAUAUUUUUGAUAGAUUUUACUUGUUAGUAAGACCCGGGGUUUUAUCUUUCUCUUGAUUAAUGCUGGUUUUUACAAACCACCAUUUAACUUCCCUUCCCUUUUUUGGUAUCUCAAAAAUGACUGUACAUUUCCUGCACACCAACAAAUGAAAUAGUCAUACAAGAGUCACACUAGAGUUCAACGAGAUCAAUAGGAAAUUUGCUCAUAUUGUGAUAUCACCUUCAUCUCCUUAAAAGGGCAAAUUUGCCAUUUUAUUAAAAGAAAAAACACAACUUUAUUACAUGGCAACAGUAAAGUAAUCUUGUUAAAUGCAGGGGGAUCCUUAAAGGGACAGUGCCUAAAAUGAAUCCUCUCAGACAGAGGCUGAAAUAAGGGUUUUCAAAGACAGCAGCCUGAAAUAUGUGAAGAGCUUCUUGAAUUGUAAAUCAUGUAAAGCUGCUAAGAAGCUAUUAGAGGGGCAACAUGAAGCCAAAACUUAGGGAUAAAAGAGACUGGCGAUCAUACACCAACAGAGACUCAACUGGUUUAGUGCCAAUGUUUGAAAACAACAGAAAAAACAAACAUUGCAGGAGUAGCAGACGGCCAGCCACACACACCGGCGCCAUCUUGUUUCAUAGGCACAGUACGCCCUCUUUAAGCUACGACUUUGCUGAGCAUACGGGCAUAGAUAAUCAGACUGAUGUCAGUGGAGUACUAGAGUUAGGAAUCACCAGUGGCCCCGGGAUAUGAUACUAUUGUGAUUUUUAACAUUUUGCAAUACAGUGAGUAUCUCGAUACAAUAUAUUGCGAUUUAUACAAUUUUUAAAACUGUUUAGCGAAUUUAGCUUUUGGCUUUCCUUUAUUUUUGUCUCAUUUAUGCAGUUUUUUAUUUUCAUGUUGUACAUCUUGCAAACCUUAUAUUUGUUGUACUAACUUUCUCCUGCUCUAGGAUGUCACCUCUACCAACCUCACUGGACAAAAAGUUGAUUUUAUUUUUCCAUUAUCAUAGAUUUGACUUCAUAUUCACAAUUAAUUUGAAAAAUCGAUACUUGAUAAAUGAGAUGAUAUGAUAUAUCACCAGACAAAAUAUCCUGAUACUAUGCUGUAUCAUAAAUACCUUUAUCAUAAAAGCUUUCGAGUGUACAUCCACAGAUCCAUGAAUGCAACAACACUAAAGAAGUUAACAGCGCCUGUUAAAUGAAUGACAACUGACUUGUCAGCAAGUCACUGCUGGCUUCAUCCUGUAAAUUUCAGAAGCACUUGUUUCCCCGCUUCAAAUCAGUCUGAUCAUCAGAAAUAUGGCCGUCUGUGCCAGUCCUGACCCUAUGCCUGUGGGCAGCAGGAACUGGAGCGUUCAGCUGAGAGGAGACAUCAGUGUUUGUCUCCACUAAGUCUGUAUGGUGACAUGCACUCUAAUAAGUCUUUAUUGAAUUCCAGUUUUUAAAGCAGUAAACAGAAUUGUCUCAUAAGAUUUUUGAUUUUAAAUUACUGCGUCCAUGUUUGUGUCCCUGUGUGUUGUAGAGGAAAAGUAGCUGGAGAAAGUAGAAGAUUGAGUGCAGUUGCUAUAAUUGGCUUGACCCAGGAGGUUUAAGUACAAACAUAACAUAUUUUAGUAGGAUACUGUGUAAACAGUAUAGACAGGUAGCUGAACACAAGGGAUAUUUGUGAAUUUAACUUGGAGUUGAUUGAGUUUGUAAAAUAUUGCACCUCCCUAUCUCAGAGUCCAUUUGCUAACAUUACACAACAGUUGAGCCUCUGGGGGCUACAGCCUCAUACUUUGGCACUUUAAGUUUGUCUGAUAAACGACAACUGAUAUCUGAAAGCCUGGCUAAAACUUCCCCAUUUGGUCACUGGACAUUACAGUCAAGAUACUUUAGAUGCAAGUGUGGAAUGAGAGUUGAGAGGCUCUAGGGAAAUGAGUGUUAUCUUCACUCAUGUCAAGAUAGUUGAUUAUAAAGACAGAAAAAUGGUAAAAGUGAUUCAUGAAUAGGUAUUAGGCUCUAGAUAAGGACUGAGAACCAGCCAAAGCUUUCUACGUCUUUCCACUAUGGAUGCACGCUGACAAAGUCAGAUCAAACAUUACUUGUGAAUCUAGCACAAACUAGAAAGCAUCAGAUACCAGCAGUCAUCUCCUCUGUCCACAGGUUCUACAUAUGUCUUCAUACUCACCUUUAAAUGACGUGUUAGUGCGGUUUACUGAUUUUCUCUGCUGCCCCAAGUGGCUAAAAACAAAUCUUUUCCAAGUUUAUUGCUCGCCUAUCAGGUUUCUCUUGAGUUGAAAGUUUUCAUGUGUCGUUAUGUGAAUCUGAACGCAGCUCCCUGUGGGAGAUUACAAUGUUCCAUCAAAACUGAUUUCACCCCCUAAACCUGAUACACACAUCAUGAUUUGUGGUGCAACCGAUCCUCGUCAUAGCUUGUUGUAAUUAGGGGAAAAACUCAUGCACUUCACAGAGUCGAGUCGAUGAAAUCAAAUCAUGAAAGGCUGUAUUUUCACAUUGCUUGCAGCAUUCCUUCGUUGGGAAUUAGUGGGUAGAACUGUCCAGACUGCAAUCUGAGACGCCAUGUGAUGCGUAAAGGAAUAGCACUGGUUUGACUUUUUCUCAAUAGAAACAUCUAAUUUCAAGGUCAUUUUCUCUUGAAUGUUUCUUUGCAAUAAUUGGGAUCACUUAGUUAGAUAUGUUAGAAAUUCAGCCAUGUUGCACAUACUGCAAGUUAACAGGGGUUAUAUAUACAGUGCGUUCAGUGCUGCACUGCCUGCUAUACACAAUCUGGCAGUCACUCUUAAGUCCUUACAAUUACAGAUCUAUGGAAAUGGAAAAACAUGGAUGACUAAUGAAAUAAAUCAUGAAUGUGUACCAUUAUAUGAAAACCCAGUUUGGUUUUCAAUCCCGCUCCUCUUUUGGAGGGCAUGUCUACUUCAUUUGUCAUGUUUACUCCAAGGACAUGUCGGAGGAUAUAUCACCCCAGGCAGAUGUUUAGUCUGGCCUUUUUUCUUCGUGUCGAGAAUUUAGACAAAGUCCAGUGAAUAAAAUGGAUGCUCUCCUGGCGAAUCACUACCUUCACAGUCAAUGAUCUACUUAGUAUUUCUGGAAUGUCACUGGUAAUGAAGAUUGGUCACCUACAAAUAACAGCUCCAUUUACUGUGAGUGAGGUCUUUACGUUUCCCGUCACGCCCAGAUCCUCGAUUGUUGACUGUGUUGCUGAGAGACAUCAAGCCGAGACCAGACCCAACAACUUUUCAUGCUUAUAAAGAUGAAUCCUGCUUCUUUUCACUCGUGCCUAUGUUGUUGCUCGAUGGCAGUAAUUUACUCGACUAACAGACAACAUUCAUGAGACGCACUUGCACACAUGCACUCAGCACACGCACACACCUGCAGAGAGCGGGACAGAGUUUGUGAUAUUGCCGCAGAUGUAAUAAGCACUCAUUCAUUUCCAUGUUGGCAGAAUGUUAAGAUUGAUUCAGGGGGCCGGCAGAUGAAAAGGUCAGCGGGCUUGUUUUGAGUGAGUGUAAGAUUUCCAUCAUCACGCCGCACGCUCAGCCAGGCCUGGUCCAAACUACACAAACAGCGUCUCUGAGGCCCUUGACAGCCUCAAUCCUGCCAUUAAGUCAAUAAUCUGCCCUCACCCUCUCCACCACCUCCUCCUCCUUCUCCUCCUCCUCCCAUCCAGUCCGACCUGCUGUUAGUUUGCGUACUUCCCUUUUUACUUACCCUCAACAACGCUUGUCCAAACACCCGCAUAACUUCCCCCUCAUGUGUUUCCCUCUCGCCCGCUGUGCCAUUUUCCACACUUCUUCGACUUCUCCUCCUCUCCCCUUCCUUCUUCUCACCCAGCACCUUGCAUUGUUUCCAGACAGUGGUGAAACACAUUGAGGAAAAUGUGGGGAACGUUAUAACGUCUGUUUGCACGGGAGGAGAAAGAGACACACAUACACACACAGGAGGGAUUGUUCCAGGAAAGUGGCAUCUGUGCAGGCCAUUAGACAGGGGAUUCAGUGGACCUGUGCGGGCCCUUUACAUAUGGUGGUCAGCUGCUGGAGAGGAACUGGAACCAAGGGUCACAUUUGAGAGAAAACAUUAGGGGAGAUGAUGCAUGGUGGACACACACACGCUCUUUAAAGUCUGCUCGUGCCCUUCACCGCUAACCUGGUGGUGUUGCUCUGGCCAAGCUGUUUAUAUCCACAGGGCUUCCUGACUGCAGGUUUGCACAGACAGUGACACCGCACUGCAAAAUAAACCCUCACUCUCACACAGAAUGAGCCACAACAAAAAUAUAACACUCAUAUCCUCCUGGGUUGCUUUUUGGAUCAUAAACCGUGAGAAAUUUGACAUUUGGUCUAAGGAAGUCUGGGAUCAUGAGUAAAGAGACGCGGAUGAAAUUGAGCUCUCAUCAGUUGUGACACACUUACCACUGAAAGAGAGCUACUAUAAUGAUCGCUGGGAUUGCUCUCAGGAGUGCAGGUCUACCUGUUUGACGUUACUAAGAGGAGCGGGAAUAAAGGGGAGAGUGAGGGAUAUUUUACAGAGCUCUUAAAGAAGUAAAGUCUGCUUUUCAGACCCCGCAGCUGUGAUUCAUUAGUAUAUUUGUGUUGCUGGGACUGAGUUGACUGGGCCAUGUAUGGAGCCGGGCCAGGCCAGGCCAGGAUACUUCCUUGCAAGGCCAACUGUUUCUCACUGACAUUUCUCGCUGUUUUUUAAAAACCAGGGAAGCAUUUGUACUGAGAGUGUUGGAGACAAACAGGAGUGUUUUAUAUGUUUUUUAUGGCUCUGAUUUUUAUCCAAUUAACAACAUUAAGUAGCAAAAAACAAAUGCUGCAAAAAACACGGAGUAAACUACCCUGAAAUCCAUUUAUAUCCCUAUAGAGGGGUGUGUGCGCAUUUUAAGGACAGUUGAGUAAAAUGGUUGUGCAAGGGGGUUUACAACCAAAUAUCACAGCUCUUAGAAUACAGACAAUCGGUGAAUUCUUUCCACAUCUGUGUGAUAUCAGUAAGUUUACAAAACAUCAGUAAGUGGACAAAUAUUCAGUUGGCAGACGUUUCAAGUGUGCACCUGAGACAAAUUAAGGGCACAAGAUAGUCAUUACUUACGUCUGCUUUAUCUGUGGACUUUUACAGAUGGUCAGAUAUCAAGACAUGGACGCUCAGUUUGUCUAUUGAAAUGGGGAAUCCUCCCAAGCAUAAGACAAGCACUUAAGAAUACUUUGUGUGAGACCUGGGUCAUAAUAAACAAGAAAACUAUAGGCGGACAGGAAACCACAACUGCUUAUCGGGGUAAAAGUCAUCUUUUUCCAUACCUCCUAAUAUUUUUACCUGCAGUGAUUUGUUCUGAAAACCGACUCUCUCAUGACAAACACAGUCAAAACUGGGUUAAUAUUCAUUUGUAGUCAGAACCAGAUUAAAAUGAGGUUGGACACAGAAAGCACAUUUAAUAGCCCACAGCAACAGACAUCAGCGUUUCCAUGAAAGCUGUUACCCUGUUAAUUGGUGACUUUCAGCCAAAUGUGUCUCUCAUAAAUGCCCUUAGUUUUUAUUUUGCUUUUUACUAAAAAUGUGUCCAAUGAGUGAAUUUUGACAUUAAAACGGUGUGCAUUCAUGGGGACACUGUUUUUUGUCUUACAACAGCAAUUACAACCACAGACACAUGAAGCGGAAAGUCACCAGUUAAUACGUCACUCUUGAAAACAGAAACACUAGUUGCUCUGAAAUGAUUGUUGUAGAAAUGGAGUACUAAAGGUGGACUAUUGACUCUGACACACAACCAUGCAACAACUGCUUCUUAUGUUGAUCACAGCUUUAAUUGGGUGUUUAAAAUUUGCUAACUUGUUUGAUUAAAUGGAGCAAAGAAUUGCUUUUACAGCUAAAAUGCAUGCACUUUUUUCAUUUAGACAGUAAAAGGUUUAAAGCAAUGUGUUUUUUUUUAAAUGAUGACUUGGCACUUUUUGGUAGAGAAUAUUGACAUAUUGAUAUAUCACAUACUUUUAGUGGCCCUGGUUGAACUUCAGAUUUUUUGGGCCUUUUUUUUUUUUUUUUAAAGUUCAUCAUACACCUCUGUAAAAAAUGGCCUUUACAGUGAAAAACAAAACAAAACAAAAACACUGAAUUGCAUUCUUGAAAAAAAAAAUCAGUUUUUAAGAACAGUAUUAGGGUGUUGUUAAUUGUAUAUAAAUCUCUUGGUUGGUUUUUGGCUCCUGUGUCCUACAUAAAUAACAUUACCUCCAAAUUUUUGACUGCUAUUCUGAAAAUGUCCUGCUGAAAAAUCUUGAGUAGGUCUAUCCUGAUUUUGUCAUCUAUUGAACAUUACAGUCCCAUUUAAUUUGUCUUUUAUCUUUAAUUACAUAUGUAUUUUUAAUUUACUUUGUUGUUUGAAAUAGUAAUGAUUUGAAGAGGCACUAACCAAAAAGAUUUAAGACAAACCGUUAUAAUCUCUCCACCUGCAGUUUAUUAUCUUUGUAUAAACAUAGAGUUGUGUGUCUAUUAAACUGAAUGUGCUACAAUUACAAGUGCAGCUGAGCACAUGAUCAUACAAAGUGCGAUAAUAUGUAACUGAAGUUGGUUAAAAAUAAAUGACUGUUGGGAAGUAACUCAGUCAUCCUGUUUGGAGCUCCCAGAAAGGUUUGUUAGAGUCGGCUGAUGUAAUUAGAGUCAAGUUUUAAAGAGAGCUGUUCCUUCUGGGUGGUAUGCUGUCGGUGGCGGUGUUGUUACGAGAAGUUCAGCCCUCUGACGGGACGAUGCUUACGCUCUCAGAAUAUGUUGUGUGUCGUAACACCUGGUGGGAGCCUCAGGCAGCGGAUGUAGCUGUGCAUACUGCGUGAAUAUGAGACUCAUUAAGUUCAUGGCCUGCCAGGUGGACUGCAGCUUGUUUCAGCACACAAACAUGAUUCACACACACACACACAGCCACACUGUGAUGGAUGGAUGUGCACAUGUGUGUUUUCCAAUAGGUGAUCAAAUAAGUCCAAUCACACCCUUUGCAGGGACUGGCAGAAGGAGGGGGGGCUGAAGGGUUUGUUAACCUCUAAUCUGAUCAACUCCGAUUUGGUUUCAUUGUAACCACAUUAGCGAUGGUGCAGAGCGAAGUAUAUCAGGUUUUUGUAAAAGCUCAGUCACAUUUGUGGCAGACAAGUGACAUGGAGCACUUGUUCCAAAUGUAAUAACAGAGCUUGCGUCAUGCACAUUAAGGAUAGAAAUGAAACUACUGCAGAGGAGGAUGGAUUGUCACUGGAUGGGGCUCACUUUUGUAGCUCCAUGUGUGACCGGAGAGAUACAGAGAUACUUCUGACUGGAGCAGCACUUAUUUCAAGCAGAGAUUCCAGUCUGCAGUAGUGAAGAGAUAUGUUUAUGAGAUUAGACCCAGAUCUGUUAUUGUGAACAAAAGUCAUGGCAGGUAAUGCAUGGCAAUCACAGUUAUUUAUCAUUUACGUUAUCAGAGCUCCAGUGAGGAAUUUUCUGUCUGUGUUGAUUUUGCUGCCUCGUGUGGUAACCCUUAUAUUGUUGCUGAAUGUGUCUUGUAAUUGUUUAACCAGUGGUAACUGACAAAAAUGUCCAGUUGUGUUCUUUUUACAGUCGGCUUUAUCACUGACUGUUGAUAAUUGUAGUAAGGCUGUAAAGUCCUAGUCGACUGGUUGACUUUUUGGUCGAUAUGUGCAGGGUCGACCCAAAUUCUGAUGGUCGACUCAAAUUUUUUUGCGUCAUUUUACAGUCUAUGGUAAAUUUUAUCAGAAGGAAUGUACCAAAUAUGUAUGGGGGUGUUUUCAGAGCACCCCCGUUUCACAGGUAACAGCCUCUCUCAGAACAUUCCCCUUGGAUUCGCCCAACCCGACGGAUCACUCGACAGCCCUUCUGUGGCGCCACCCCCCGCCAAAGAAGGGUUUGUCCUUAAAGUUAGAACCCCCCACCCACCCCCCAGAUUAGUUGAUUUUUGGUCGAAAAUUUGAGGGUUUUAGUCGACCAAGACUUUCUUUGGUUGAUAACAGCCCAACAUUGCAGUAGGAAAAGUAACACAGGCUGUUUUUUUCCUGUGUACUUAUCCCUUGUGACGUUACAGGCACUUAGAAUUACAGUAUGAAAAUUGUCAGUCUCAUUUGCUUUUGUACGUUUUAGAGAUGCAUCACUGUCAUUUCUGUCCGCUUUCAAACCAAUCAAAAAGUCUUCAUGGGAGCUUUAAUUAGAACCACAUGUUUUAUGUUUACAGAACUCACUGUGAAGCAUAAGGAUGAAAUUACAAGUAUUCCCUUGUGUAUUAAUUAAUUAGCAGCUUAUUUGUGAACCUUUAAUACAUGGAAAGUAUUUCAAACUGUGUUUAAUGCAAAACAAAACAAAAAAAAAACAACAACAACUAUGGCUUACAGUUCUUCUUUUCUCCAGAAAGAUUCUUCAGUCUUUAUACUUCUCUAAGAGACAUUAAGUGUUUGUUAGUAAAAAUAUGAAACUGCAGAGAGUUCGCCUGAUGCCAUCUUUAGAUGCAUCUUGUCUAAAAAUGUAAUGCCAACAUGUUUGGUCUGUAUGUUUACAUGCGUGAUUAAGCAUGAUCUCCCAGUAAAAAUCAUGUUCACCUCUGUUAUACUAAGUGGUGAUAUGCUCUUUGAACCAGUUUCUAUUGUUUCUUCCAGUUGACCAAUUACAUUACAAAAACCAAUAACUUUGUUUGAACGAAACAAUUGACAAGCAAGUUAGCCAAGGCUAAGUAGGUGCGUGUCGAACGAUGAGAAAAUGAACACCUUCACAGCUCUGUACCUCUCUGUUUUGACCUCUCUUCUUUCCCUUCUGUCAUUUAUACUGUUUGACUUCAGGGUCAAAGCCUGCCGGGCAAACGGUGGAGCAUGCAAAGAACACCAAGGCCGCUGUGGGUCUGAUAAAAGUGUAUACGUGCAAGAGAAUAUUGAACCCCAUUGCACCAUCUAGGUAUGCCAGUCCAACUGUGAGAAAAUUCAACUUGAUGCAGUUUCAGUCAGAUUUACAUGUCAGCAAGUAUAUUAAAGGUCCAGUUUCAGUCUCACAGUCAUAUUUGCUGACCCCCUUUACAUCCUCUGAUAAUCUGCAGGUGUUCAGAGAGAAAGGCAGGUCCCACAACACUCCUGUUAUUGCAAUAAUUAAAUAUCUCCUAUUAGAAAUGACUCUGUUUUAAAACUUAAGUACAGCUGGUUGUACAGAUGUCAUCCUGCAAAAACCCUUACAUCAUUAACCAGCUGUUGUGUUGUAAUAAUGGAACGGUGAAGGAAACAUUUUCAAACACAAACUGUGUUAUUGGAGCGUCUUGAUAAAAAAGGGCUGAUGAAGAUCAUCAAAAAGUCAAAAACAGAGCACGGCAAAGAGACUAGAGAGAGAGAGACUGUGUGUAUGUGUGUGUGAGGUUACAGAGCUAGAAGAAAGUUAAAAUUGUUCGUAGACACAAACUAAAUAAACUUGAGAACAAAGCAGAGUAAACAAAUUAACCACCCUAUUCACAGUUUACUCAACAACCGUAUCCCACCACAAGUUUAGUAUCAUCCUGUAGGAAACACUUACAUCAAUAUCUUUAUCUGUUCAGGUGCAGUGUAAAGUAUCUUGUGGCAUUUCGAAUUACAGACUUGGUUAAAAGUGUUAUAUUUUACAAGUGAAAAAACAUUAAAACAGUUUACUGGUGGCAACACAGUGGGAGAACCAAUUGAACCAGUCCAUAAAGAGGUAAAUGUAUUUGAAACCACUGUGGAUGUAAACUCCCUUCCUCAAAUUUGAGAUUGUAAAUUUGGAUUCUGUGAUUUGAUCCAUUGAUCGUUUGGUAAGAACACGCUCUGCACUUGGGAAGCCCUUUGUAAAAACGUAAAGUUGGUCUAUUUUCUAUGUUGUGUUCCAGCAGCAUUUGUUUUAUGAAUCUAAUGAGUAUUGUAAGUUUGAACAUUUGUGUUCUCCUUGAAUUAAAAUAACAGGUAUUUUUCUGUGACCCCACAGGUCCACAGUGGCCAGUUUGGAUGAGUCAUGGUUAACAUGAUUACAACUUUAAGUUUACCAAAACUAAUCACACUUUUUUUUUUAAGUUGUUGAGAGACUGGCCCAGCCUGUCUGGACUCACCUAAUGGUCUUUGUGUUGGGAAUGUGCACGGCCCCAGUAAUGGAGUCUGGGUCACGUUUGUCUCGACAUACUCUCCUCUGAUAGGCCCGUUGUUCUUAAUUACCAGAGCGACUGUUUAUCCACACUGUUUGCCUGGAUCCUUAUCGGCCUUAACAGUGUUUUAACUCCCAGAGGAUAAUGUGUGGGAGAUGGCGAGAGGAAGUGUGCACGUAUGUGUGUGUGUGUAUGUCGUGACGCACAACGGCGUACAUAUCAGCGUGCAUGUUUGAUGUUCUUUGUCAGACAUGGGUCAGAGUGUGUGGAAUGCAGAACACGCAGAUUCUGCCGGUGAUAUUGCUGCUUGUGGUUGUGCUGAUGAGGUGAUGUUUGCCCCCCUCGCUUUUGGGACGCUCACUCAGGCUUGUGGUCUGCUGUCACUGAAGGGACGCUCGUGUUGAGGUUUUAAGCACUGAGAAAUGACUGUUCAGGUUAUUACUUCUGCUUUUAGCACCAAGGUUAUUGAGUAAACCUUGAAUUUGCACAUUUUGCAUUCCAAACCAGGAGCCCUUGUAAAAAAAGUGACGAUUUUCCUGCGUCUGGAUUGUAAAAAUAUUCACACACUUUAUCACCAGUCUGCUUUUUAUUUAAGGUGGAGCUGUUAGAAUGAGUUUGUACUACCACAGUAUGUGCACAUAUGCUUUUGCUAAUGUGUCUGCUGUGUGCGUGUAUGUGUGUGUGUGUGUGUGCACGUGUGUAACAUGAGCUCCGGCCAUCUCCCUGUGUGUGAGUAAUGGUCCCUGUUUUAUUGGCCCUCUCCUCAACAGACUCUAUGAGUAAUCACAUAAUGCCUGCUCUGACGUCAGAGCUGUUUCCAUGGUAACACAGUGCUCCCCACUCUGGGGAGGUGCGCUUCAUUUUUUUUCUUUCUUUCUUUCCCCCACAUCUCGUCCUGUGUGCGCUCAAAGCUCCUUUUCUGGAUGGAGACAUUACCCCUGGAGCUAAAAUCACCUCCCCCUAAUCUGAAGUUUCGAAAAUGUGCUCAUAUGAUCAGAGCCGCACACUUUUACUAUCCACCUCCUCGAUUUUUUUUUUCUCAUUUCAUCUUCAUCUCUCUGUGUCACUCCGAGCCUCUCCUCUCUAUACUUUGCCGUCCCUAUUUUAGUCAUCCUCUGUCUCCUCCUGCCUCCCAGCUCUGUCUCUUUCAUGAUUAGCCCCAUUUUACUCUCUGUCCUCUCCCUCUCCCUCUCUCUCUAGUCUAAACUCUGUGACGCCCGACAAACCACCUCUCCUAUUUCCACGCCAGAUGUAUUCAUUUUUCUCCCUGCCUUUCAUGCACUGCUGAAUUCCAAUGAACGGCCGACCCCUCUCGUUUCUACAGGCUCUUCCUCUGUAUAGUUUUCGCCUUUUCCUUUCACUUUCCUCGCUCUAAUGAAAAGGAAACAUACUCCCAUGUGUAUUCAUGCCUCCAUACAGUGCGGCUUGUACAGCUCCAGGAAUCCCUGGAGUGCUUACAGUGUUCUAUAGAGUCAGGUUUGGUUUAUCUCUGCACUGAAAAAGGAGUAUCAUGAAAAAUGAUCACUUGUCAAGUUUUAUGUUCGCUUGAGUGCUAAAAUAAUCUCUUAAUUUUUUUAAUAGAGUUUCAAAAUAAAUCAGGCACAUUUGGACUCCACUCGCAUGAUAGCCAGAAUCUGUCCAUAGGGUAAUUCUUUCAAGCCUGGAGACAUUAAAUUGUCAAAAACAGGCCUUUAUAAAUCUCUUCCUCGCACAGGCGGGUCUAUCUGGCUCACCAAAAACAGAGUGUGUCCAUUACUGACUGUGUGUUGUGUCUAUAGUUACUGCUUAGAAGGGCCGGGGUUGAAAGCAUCACACUGCCCAUUUCCAACCCAUUUCCUCCCCCUAUUGAAAGUGCCGUAUAGCUGCUGAGAAAAAGAGGGAUAACUGUCAGACCGCCCGCCUCUUUGUCAUGUGCACACUGGACCCUGUCAGUCAUCCAGUCAAGAGUGUGAUUGGUGGCUGACUGCUUGUCUGGCUGAUGCGUUUGGGUUGGGCAAACGAUCGCCAUGAUAGGCUCAGUGUCACUUACUAAUCAUCAGAGCUUGCUUCAUAGCACCAUCCAUCUUCAUUUUUCAAUCAGGUAGGACCCAGCAGUGAGAAUAGGCUGUGACACAGGUACAGGUGUGUGUGUAUGAAAGCUCACUCUGGAGAAAAAGAAAUGAAAAGGGUGUUUCAUAUUUACCAGAAAAGCACUCAUACCAGAUGAUGACUAUUGAAUAAGUUCUGCCCCACAGCUCGGCCUGGAGUCACAACUGGCUUCUGUCUGACUUGGCCUUGACUUUGUCUUUGAAGCCUGGGGACAGGCUGAGCUGAGCCCAUUGAUGCACGUGACUGCAGUUGUGACCCACACUCUCAGAGCACUAUCAAACUAUAACCCAGUGAGCCACAGCUGAGGGUGCUAUCGCCUGAAGCAAGGCCUUUUCUGACAGAAUGGGUCCCCUGGUUGCCCACUGUUAAGAAUGGCACUGCCAGCUCGGCAGAGGGAUUGUAUACAGAAUGGAGAGAGGACAAGCUGACUUUAAAACUCAUUUUCAGAGACUUUGACAGAUAAGAAAAUGUGUUUGUCUGUGUCCUUGCCAAGAGGUAAAUACAAACCUCUAUCUGUCAUCUUUUUAGGGCCUGUGUCCGCUAACAGUACCUGCUGUCCAUGCCCCUCCGGCCUUAACCUCCAAUCAAAAUCAAUUGGGAUCACACCAUUUCCGUUUUUUCCUCUGCCAUUGUUGUCAACAGGAAGGACAGUAGAGAAAAUAACUGCACAUUUGUUUUUAAGAGGUCUGAGCUGCUGUUAACGCCAGGACAGGAUUCUAUGCAGGGCUGUCAUAAUAUCAGAUUCUCGCGGCCAUAAAAUAUCACUCGGUGAUCGACUCGUCAGGGCUUCCCCACAAACAAGCGGCUGCUGGAGGAGAGUGGGUGAGUUGUGUUUGGUCUCUUUGCUAAAGAAAUCAGGCAAAGCCAAAAUGAUGUUUGAUGGUGAGUGCUUGAUGAAGUUAGGUGCUGUUCUGAGCAUUUUUUGUGGCUUUUUGGUUGAGGUUUGCGCUUUGAGACGUAGGCUAUUGUGUAUUGAUAUCCUGCAGUCGUUACUAAAGUUGGUAUAACUAGAGAAGCAAGCGACUGCAACAUUCAUCUCUUGAGGGGGUGUCUAACUCAGUGUCAUUGUGUGUUUGACCCUAACUUAAUUUUACACCUUAAUAUCUCUUUAACAGACGUGAUCCUCGGUGUACCUGGUUUUGUGCCUGUUUUUUUACACCUUUUGUAGAUCAGGCCCUUAGAGCUCAUCCUCCAUAACUAAUGAUGUUCUUUUUAAAUUUCCUUGAUUAAUGCAAAUGUUGGUCUUUGCGGACAAUUUAAAACAAAACAAAUCAGGGAAGGGUGGAAAUGAUAUUAGACAACUCUUGCAACAUUGCAAAACUAAACACCAGCGAAAAGUACUGUUAGGUUCAUGGAUGCUACGGCAAAAAACAAACAAUCUGUGAUCUGUGAAACCAGGCCUUUAUUUUGAAGCUACAGCAAAAAGACAGUUAUCUUAGCUGAGCUUAGUCUAAACACUGAAGACCUGGGGUUGAAUAAAUACAGGCAGUUUAUGUCUAAUCUCACAAAUUUAUAUGAAUAUCUUUUUUUUUUAAUCAAUGAAAACAGCAGUCAUCAAAUCUGUACCGUUUACACCAGACUGAGCUCACCUCCUCAAAUAAACAUUUAAGAUGAGCUUUAAUUCCUCCAGCUCUUAAGCAAGAGAAAGUAAAAAGUAACCCAGAAAUACGGAACUAUUCCUUUAAGUGAACCCCUCUCAUCUGCCAUGCUGUUGUGUUCCAGCCCAUCACUGUUAAUCCACCGGUUUGUAUCUCAGUGUAUAAAGAUAUGAAUGAAAUGUGACACAUGGAAAAUGGUGAGUUCUUCUGAAACAAAUUCCCAUCACCCUGACAGGCGUCAUUUAACGAUUGGCGUCCAACCUCUGACAGCUGGUAAUUGCUGCGCUGAUUAUUUUCUGUAAUGUUGCAAUCACUGACAGUGAAUGUUUUGGAUGUGGAUGCAGGUUGGGUGAGGUCUGUGUGCAGUUUUCUUUCUCCCCUCUUGUUUUCUGGGUUUUUUCCAGUUUGUGAGUGUCGGCCAGAUCUGUGAGCUCUGCUCAACCCCCCUAUUAUCCUCGCGAGUGUCUGCACCAGAGCCAUUUGGUCCGGGCUGAUGCAGCUGUACUAAUCAGGUUAUAUGGGAGAACUUAUUUUCUCUGGAGUCUGUUUUCUAUUAGAUUAAUGUGCGCAUACUAAUCAUAAACAUGCAGAUUUUUCUAAUCAAGUCAAAAAUGAGCAUCUGCUCAAAGUUAUGCCGUUUCUACUUAAACUGUAGGCAGAGUGGUCCCUCACAGUAAAGCCUUAUCAGCCAUGCAGUUGAAACUGUUUAUAGCUUGGUUUUAUGAUACCUCUCUUCUAGUCUGCCUCCUUUAUUAAUCAAACUACUCUGCAUUUUACUGGAUUACGCCUUGCUAUUGCGAGCCAGGAUUGUGAAAACAACAAUCCCAAUGAGCGUCAUUUAUCCAGAGUUGCAGUAGAGUUAUUUGUUGCUGCUUUUACAUGCUCUGCAGAAAGUGCAAUUACAGCAAUUACAGUUGAGAAGUCACACUGGCUUCAGGCUUCAGGCUACAGACCCACAACUAUGGGAUGUGAACCUCUGCUGAACACGAUCUUCAAAUCAGGAUUCAUUUUUCUUUUCAUUGUUUGAUGAAUUAUCCUGCCACUCUUACUGAUUGGCCAAUUAAGAGAAAAACAAAAGAGGAAUUGGACAGUGUAGAGAGUAGAUGAGGUUAAACAUAGCCUCCAUCAUGUUUUCUGUGCUCCAGUAGCGAGAUGACCCUGCUGUUUUGUUGUGUCCUCUGACCAUGGCGUGGGGAGCAGAAUGUAAAAGGCAAAGGUUUUAGCUAAUUGUUUCCUCAGCUGUGCAGCAGAGUGAACUGUUUAGAAAAGGCUAAGAAAAAGAAGCUCUUGUGCAGUUGUUUUGUUGUUUUAAACUUUCAGUGUCCUGAGAGUUCGUUUUCGGCUUUUGGAAACAGAGUGCAAGUGCGAAGCUGCCGUGCGAAGCGGCCAUUUUUGCUGUGGAUGUACACAUAUAAACAAAAACAAGGAUAUUUGUGCUUAACUAAUAAGGUUGCUGCUUGGAUUGUUUUUAAAUGCUUAUCCCUCAGUUCUGGGUGGAUGUGGUACAAACUGUAGGACUGAAAGAAAGCCUUUGGUUUGAGCAGUAUAAACAGUUGGUGCUUCAAUUCACUUUUUGUUUUUAGAGUAUUAAAGGUGCAGUUUGUAGUAUUUACGGGUAGAAAAACUGGGAAGAAAUAAGAUACGAUAUUCAUAAGUAAAUUUAAAUUGGCAUUUCAUUACCUAACUAAAAAAUAGUUGUGUUUCUGCUGAGCCUGCCAUCUUGCACUGCUAUGUUACUACUGCAGCACAGACAAACCAAUAAUUUAUAUUGGUAGAUGGUUUUGGUGGGGAAAACUUGGCAAAUGGAGGAUCAUAACGAUCAUGCAUUAAAAGCAUUUAUUUUCUUCAAUGAUCACAGUUGCUUGCGGAGGGGAGAGCAAGGGAGCGUUUCAGUCUAGAGUCUCAUCUGACCACUAGAUAGCGCUAAAUAUUCCAAUUUCUACCCACUGUUGUGUAUGCACUUAAAGAAACGCACUGACAAACAAGGGGAACAUUUCUUUGAGGGAAUUGACAAGGGCAGUUUCUAUCAUUGUCUGAGCCUAACAAAGUAGAAAAAUGGAUCCUCUUCAAGGUUUGUUGAGGAUGUUAAAUUUUUAUGUUGUUACAGCAGCCCAGGAUAGACCACUGAACGCAGUUUUUUUUUUAGCAGAACUUUUGUUUUUUUAGGUAGUUUCAUGACCAACACAGGUGUUUCUGUGCUCUUAAGAGAUUAACGCAGCACAGGUAUAACUAUGGUAGAUUGGAAAACCAAGUUAUUGUGCUUGACUGGAAUAAAAUAAACGCACUGCAGCUUGAACUGAAAGAACUGCUGUCAAUGCAUUAACAGUUAACCCAUGCUUUGGGUGACGACUUCCUAAUGACUUUGCUAAUACAUCGAAAAUCAAUCAUUUUCAAUUCACCUCACUAAGUUAACAGUUUGUUAUAAUAGUUUGUGUCUGGGUUGAAUUGCUGGGUUGAAUUAGCCACAUCUAAACUUCAGGAUAUAGUUCAUGUCCUUCAUGGUCUGGUGUCGUUCUGUCAGAAUGUAUUGAUUAGUGCUUACCCAUCUGUGCCUGAUAAAUUAUUCACUCCAGACUCUCGUGUGUGCUUUCUAGUAGGAGGUGAGCUGCCUUGUUUCACAAAAAAAAGUUUAAUCUCCCACUAGCUUUGGCAGCCUUGACAGUGCCUUCAACACACAAUGAUUCAUUCACUGUAGACUAUUGCACAUACCUGAAACUGUGGGAACCACGUUUACACUGUUGUUCCCUGCAAUAAAACAAAUGGAAAAUACACGUGUUUGACAUAAAGCUUAAGAACCAACAUGCUAAAGAAAUACUUUACACAAAGUGUUGCCAUUUUAUGCAGUUGGCUGUUUUUGUUUUUUACAAGAGUACAUCUUUGGGUAACAGAUUUGAAUAUAUACAGUAACUCUAUAUACUGUAAGUCGAGCAGGAGUAUAUUUAAGGCUAAAGCUCUUCAUGAGCGUACACACUGCCUAUGAAAACAGAUGGCAAAACAGAGUAGAGCCUAUUUAUUUUAUCAGGAAGAGAUAAAAAUAGCAAACACAGGACCAGUGAAUGAUUGCUGCUUUUAUUAUGUAUGAUCUCUACUCCCUCUGUUCCCCAUCUGAGACACUAUCAGUGAGAACUGAGACUGAUGAAUGUGAGGAAUGUGAGCUGACGUCAUUGGGCGCACUGUAGCCUGAGUCACAUGGCAAGGUAAACACAAGUAGCUGUUUGGUCUUGUGUGUGUGUGUGUGUGUGUGUGUGUGUGUGUGUGUGUGUGUGUGUGUGUGUGUGUGUGUGUGUGUGUGUGUGUGUGUGUGUGUGUGUGUGUGUGGUGGGUUUCACCACUCGCUCUGAUCAGGGGGAUUGAGGAGUGAAGUGUGUCGCUGAGUGUAAAAAAAAGAAACAAAUUCUGUGUGUAUUUUCACUAGGAUACGUCUCAUGUUUAAACAGCAAACGAACACCGUUUUUAACAGUGUUUUUUUAACUUGCUGUCGGGUGUCAUGCUGCUCGUGAUCCUGAGCACACGUUCAUAGAUGAAGGCUAUUGCACAUCUGCAUGCUCACAAAGACGUGAAAACACCGCCGUUCAUAGGCAGAGGGAUCAACUAUGUUUACUGUUCACUUAUACAUGGAUGAACAGGGAUCAAAUCACAGACAUGUGGUUCUUAACGCUCAAAGGAUCAGCUUUCUAUGAAUGUAUUUGUAGCAUGCAUUAUAUCUAUGUAAAUACACAGAGUAAUUUGAUUUCAUAAUUCUUCUUCCAGUUUGAUUGUACUUACUUACCGACUUACUCCUCUGUAUUUAUGAGGCGCUGACACUGAUCAGCAGAUUUUUGGAUAAAAACUAGGGGUUUCCCGAUACAACUUUUUAACUUCUGAUACAAUACCAUUAUUGUAGCCUUCAAUAUUGACUGAUACCAAUAUUGAUCUGAUAUUGGCAAAAAAAAUUAGCAUGAAGAGUUUUUCAUUCAGCUGCAACGUCUUUUUCAGACUUAACAAAAAAUACUGCCACAAGGCCAACAUCACGCCUGCGCAUUGCUACUUUGUUAGUACCUUAGUCCACACUGUAGCUGUGAUUUUGUGGGCUCAGCUUGCUGGAUCAGGGCGCUGCUAGAUAGAGGUGCCGAAGCGGAGUCUGGAAUGGACUGCUUGUAUUGGAGUGCUGAUAUUGAAGAUUUUAGAUGCAGGCCAAUAUAAUCCGGUAUUCCUUCUUUUGCUGAUAUCGGACAGAUAUCAGGUAUUAGUAUCGUAUGGGGACACCCCUAAUAAAAACACAAACAUUUAAAAAACACAAAUAUUUAAACUAUCUGUAGCUAGCACAGUAAUAGAACAAACACUCUUAUUUUGCAUGUAAGUACAGAGCUGUGUUUGCAUUGUCCGUAGCAUUUAUUUGGAGCAGUCCUUGUGUUAGACACUCCCUCUAUCUUGGAUAUCUUGCAAAAUGUUGCCACUGUUAGAGUUGGUCUUGGGGAAACCGUAGCAUGAACGUAACUCUCUCCUUCCUCACUCCUUUAGAAAACCAAUAAAGGAGUACGAUACCAAACGAAGCCUCUCUUCUAACAUUAUGUCCUGUCUCCUGAGCCCCUGAAAACAAAGUUGUUGCUUUCAAUUAAACAUUGAAUGCAUAAAGCAUAAGUGAAUCAUGUGAAUUGUUUUAUUUGUGUGCUGAAGUAAAGGAUCUCAGUUCUUCUCCAAUACUGGUUUACAAUAAACACGAACAGAGCAUGCAACAAUCACUUAUAAAAACAUACAACACAUGCAUCCACUCACAGGUUCACAGUUUAAGAUAAACAAGCUCCUGCUGAAGACCUGUGAACGGUCCCUCUGGGUGGUCCAGUCACAGAGCUGUUGUCAUUUUAGCAGAUCUCAGCUAGACCCAUACAUCAUGAUAUAUCUUUGUAGAGCCAGAGCUGCUGCUACAGUAUCUUCUGUUAUCAUCACAGGCGAGUGAGACACAAAGCCAUGAGACAGGUCGUGUUGUGUAUCGCUUCCUAGGCCUUCGUGAACUCCAGCUAGGGUGUUAUCGGAGUAGAUGGCUUUCUGUCACUCAUAGGGCCUGUGGUGUAUUUCCCUUGAGGACCACCAGAACCUUCUCCAUCUGAUCCCCCUGUUUGCUCCCAGCCAGGUCUCUAAAGCUAUCAGAAUGAUGGCUCAUUCUUAAGGGUGUGUCAGGGAGGCCAUUUCUUGUAUUCCCAUAUUUGCAUGUUCUCUGUAGACCCCUACAUUACUUCUAUGAGGGAGAACCCGAACCCCCCUGUGAAUUCCACCGACAAUGCUAGCAUUUUACUACCUAAUAGAGGAAAACCUGCCCGCCCCUGAGGCCGGCCUGAGCCUCUCCUGGGGGACCGUCUCUGUAAAGCAAAUCCAUCCACCUGCAAAAAGAGGAAGCAGAGAUUUAUGCCCCCACACAGGUACACAUUCUGUUUACUGGGCGCUUGCAUUCACACACUCACACACAUGUUUGUGUCCAUCAGUCAGAACAUAGGUGCUGUCGUGACUGAACGCUCAUAUUUCUACCUCAGUGAUUUAUAAAGCCUGUAGAGAUGUGAUUUAAAGGCAUAUGCUUGAGCGGGCAGUCGCUGUCUGUUUGUUUACUGGAGUCCUGUGGGAAUCUUGAUGGGAUUGUAAAUGCCCUAUGUGCUGCCGAAGUGGUUGUGUGUAUAUCUGUGUAUGUGUGUGUGUGUGUGUGUGUGUGGUCCUUUCUCUGAUGAGCACAGACAAAACAUGGGGCACAGACCUUGCUGAGUAAGACCUGUGAAUAAAACAUGAAAUAAUGUAUGCAUGGGGGGAAGCAUGCAUGCACAUAUUCCCAUAUAGCCUCUAACUAAACUUUGUUUUCAGAUGAAAUGAAGAUUCAGCAUUCAUUAAUUUAAAUGUCAUAUAAAGUUCAGUGUGUUUCUAUCAGUUCUCAUGUCCACAUUGUUUUGUUUUUUAACUGUUCAUCAUUUUUGAACCCCCCGUUUGACGUAGACCGCCUCCUUUCACUGGAAUAUGGCCCCUUGUCCCACUCAGACUUAUGGCUUCAUAAAAACAUUUUACAGUGGAACUAUAGCACCCAGCCCUGCUGUCUGAAACCUUCACUGAGAACUCAACUUGCACAAAUGUGUUCAUUUUUCAUCGCUGAAAUGAGACCUGCUGUCAGCAGCUAAACAGCCGAGAAUGUGGCCUAACUCUUUUUAUCAGCUCGCGCUCUCAGUGGUCCAGACUUUCAUAACGUAAUUCAUAGACGCUACAUAGAGCCUGUAAGGAGACAAAUAAAUCAGUAUAACCAUACGCUGACGGAAAAUAGAAACAGACUGAAGGGCUGAAGCAUGAAGUUGAUGGAUGACAGGGAAAUGAUCUCUUUGUCUCAAAGCUGUCUACCAUGAAAAGCAGGCAAUAGACAGUUUGUUGUUUUCUUGAUGUGUUUCUUAUAAGUUGAUCAGACAGGUGAGGGUGGGGGCGUAUCAGCCACUUAGUUAGUGACAGGGUAAGUUAAAUGUCUUUAGUUCAGAUUAAGCAGAGCUUUAUUAGAUAGAUUGCAGUGUCAUAACCUUUGUGUCCCCCCAUAACUCUCUGAAUCAAGUGUGCAGUGGCCGCAGAGUGGCCACUAUUGUUGAAUCAACUGUGACUUAAACCACACAAAGCUCACUGGCACCUUGCAGACUGAACAGAGCACAAGCUUGUAAAACAAACAAACAAGUGAGAGCAGUGUUUGCUUCUCAGCUCUCCCUAGGCCCCAGCAGUAAUCCUGACUGGUCCAUUAUACACUAAUGGUGCUGGCAUGCUGUUAGGAGGUGGGCUGCCAGGUCUACCCUGGCCAAAACCCUCGUCUUUCACCCAGCUGAAUGUGCUGAGAUGGGAACCGAACUGCUUGUGAAGGAGUCGGCCAGAGCUCACGAGUACAGAAAAACCAGUAAUAAGACCAACAGUGGCAGAAGGACAGAGGUUAACAGCCCCCGCCCUGACUCCCACUAGUAGUUUUGAACUAAUAGAAAUACAGUUUAUAUUAAAAUAAUUGACAAGAUAACGCCUUUAACUACCACAUUGGCACAUUAGGGCAACAGUCAACUAGUCAAAUAGUCAAUUGUAAAUAAAUCAAUAAAGAUUUGUGUUGUUUAGAAAGGCCACAAUGCUCUAAAUGUAGAUCAAAUGUGAUUCACAUUGAAUAUAUGGAGCCUGUUGUCUGUUGAACUGUAAAGCUCUAAAGGAUUUUACAGUUGUGUUUUAAUCAUUGCAAGGGUGAUUGGGUGAGUGUGGGUUCAGUUAAAUUACAGUAAGUUUGUGCUUAAUUACUAAUAAUAGUGUGAAGAGGAAGAGUCAGUCACCAAUUAGUGACUGAUUGACUUGUGUUUCCAGCUGUGAGUGAGCACUAACAUGGUAGCUGACAGUCAACUGAACAUUUUAAAGCUCCUCAGAGGACGUAACAAUUUGUCUCAGUUUUUGUGCCCCCCUGUGGACAAAGCAGUCUUUGCUUAUAUGGUCCAUUUUGUGCUUUAGAGGUAUUUUUUGAUGAAACGUCUCACCCUGCCGACUUUUAACUGUUUUAACUGUCAAAUGUAUGUUAACAUGUUGAAAAUGGAAAAACAGAACUUCAUUCACUGGCUCUGCUCAAAUCUGCCCCCUCACACUGUUUUUUUUUUCCCUUUUAAACUUAUCAAUCUUAUCGCUAACGAUCUUGUCUGCUUCUUUAUUCCAUAAAAACAUCAAUAUGGAUUUCAGUCUCUUUCAUCAAUGAGACUAACAUUAGUUACAACUAUCAGGCAGCUGUUCGCUUGUAAGACAUACACAAUUCUAUCUCCAUAGUAUCUUGAGCUGAAUUUGCUUUGUUUUUUAUGUCCAAAGCUAGAGUAACAGAUAGGCUUUAACCAUGGUGAUGGUUUCGAUAUUUACUAUUGAUAUUUACUAUUAGUAUGCAUCUGAUUGGUUGUUUUACAAUAGUCUUAAUUGUAACACACAAAAUUGAUUUUGUUGGGUCAUUAAGUUAAAGCUGUUUCCAGUCUGUGUAGUUUAUUAAAAUCAGUGAUUGUUAUUUUUUGUUGCAUCAAAAGUCAUAAAUCUCAUCACCACAGGCCACUGCUACUCAAUAUAACAGAAAACAAAACAAGAAGCUUUAACUCCUAAACCUCAUGAAAUCAGCUCGAACAAUCCCACCUAUUAGAGAGAUGAAGUGUGUCAGUGUCAGUGACACACUUCAUGCCAUCUCAUUGUAGAGCUUUUGAGGUCAGAAUAUGGAGUACUCCCUGUGAGGUUUUCACCGGGCUGCAUCCUCCGUGUGGCUCAUGCGUUCACCCUGAGAGACAGACAUAUCUAUCUAUGGUUGAGACUUGGUUUCUUUUAGGAUCAGACUAAGUCCCUCCCAGGAAACGUAAAGACGAGAAAUCCCAUUAGUCACACUUGAGAAAUAAGAAGAGUAAGAAAGUGUGAAGAACAGGGGAGGGGUAAACAGAAGCCAGAGUGCAGACACAGUGCCAGCGUGUGAAAUGUAUAAAGGGAUGAAAAUUGUGCAUGUGAGUGUUUGGAAGCACAUGCAAUUGUGUGUGAGUUUGCUAUAAAAGCUGCUGCAUGAGAGUGAGAGAGUGUUGCAGGGUGUGUGAGCCAAACAGCUUUUAGGUGUGUGUGUGUGUGUGCGUGCGUGCGUGCGUGCGUGCGUGCGUGCGUGUGUGCGCUAAUCUUCACCCAAACAAAAGUGUGUUCCUCAUUCCCUGCUGCACACAGCCCCAUCCACUCUGGCAGGCCCACCUCAAUAGUUCCCUUCCCUCCAGCGAUGACGCAAAUGACCCACAGUGACUGACCCCCAUGGUAAAACCUGUAAAACAUUAGCCAGCGUGAAUAAGAAGGACUCUCCAUCCCCUCCCCUCGCAGAGCAGGCGGGCAGGGAAGGAUUUAUAAGUGCCCUCCUGACCAGUGGCUGCCGUGCUGCGGGUGGAUGUGGCAGAGGGGGAGGUUUUUCGGAGUCACAGGGACAAAGGGCCAGACAGUUUAGGUCAGAAAAUUGGCCUGGACCAGAGCCUUUCCACACUCCCUGCCUGCAGUUUUACUGUACAUUGUACACACCCCUAUUAAUUCUUAGCACUUUAUUAUCCAUUUUCCUUUGCCGUUUUGCAUUACAGUUUCUUUGCGGCCAAUUCAAUUAAGGACAUUUUAUGAAGAGCUUUUCCAAGGAGGAUGAGAGUUUAUUUAAUUAAAAUGAGGAGGGAGGAAAAUACAAAGAAGAAGUAAGUGUAUAAUAUAUGGGUAGAGGGUUAAGACUGCCACUGUUCCACUUCUUAUUUCCAUCUAUUACAGAUAGAUAUCUUAAUCACCUAAAAACUUGAACUUGAGGUUCAUUUGCUUGUCAUUUUGUCUCAGACUUAGGCUGGUACAGAUGUUCCAUUGCUAUUUUUACAGAUAUUUCAUGCUGAAAUUGCAGAGAAAUAUUGUCUUAGCAGAGUUAGAAAUAGAUGGACCAGAAGCUCUGAAUCAUCAAAUGUCAAAUGUAGCAUUGACUGAAGAUCUGGAAAUAGAAUACAGGGUUCUCCAAGGUGCAUCGACAUCCUUCCUUUGUCCCAGAAAAAAAUCCUGCAUAUGUGCAUUGUCAUGAUUCUUCACAAACGGCUGUAAACCCAAACCUCUCUGGGACCCAAAGAAUGAGCUGCCAUAUGGCACAAAUCAUGAGAAUGCCUCCACCUGGGGGUGCAAAACCAGAUUACACCUCAUUUCCAAAGCCUUGAAGAGCAAUAUCGAGAUUACUGUUACUCUAACACCCAUUAAAGCGAGUGUAACAAUCUCUAAUUGUUGCCUUGAUGGUGCCUUACAGUUAAGCCUCUGAAGCGUCCUUAUAGCGAGUCUUAUUAGAACCUGACCUACUUUCCUUUAGUUGCCUGAAAUGAAAGAGAGUUCAGGGCUCUCUGAGUUGAACGCUGCGAACGUCAGAAUAUCUGACAGAAAGCAGUGAUAAAAGAACAAAGGGAGUGGGGGGGGAUAAGUAAGAAAAUGUUAGGAGACCUGGAGGCUGUGGGUGUGAGACAGAGUGCAUGAGUGUGUGUGUCUAUGUGUGUGUGUGUGCGCACUUACGUCAGCAAGCCUACGCGUGAAUCCAUGACUUUGCAGACCUCACUGUAAGAGAGAGAGCAUGGUGAGUUUAAUUGGACUGAGAGGUGGUGCAUAGAAACCCUAGGGUCAAGCUGAUUGGAGAAAUUGAAAUCCUGCAGACUGAUCUCCCAGCUCUUCAAGACUCUCCCUUAAUUAACCCAACCAUACUGUACAGUCAGCACUCCCUCUUUCCUCCUUUUCCUCUCUCUACGACUCGAACAUCUUUGAUUUCUUGUAUCCAUGUCCUCUAUGGCUCUGAUUAUGAGUCCCCGUUCCUCCAGUUACCAACAAGAUAACUUCAGUGGAGAUAUGAGCUGACGCACAUCUAAUCCGAUGGUAUGAAGCCGGUAAUAAGGGGUGAAAAAGGACACAGGAGGAAGAGAGAGAAGAAGAAGACCCAGGUUAUGAAUGGAUGAUUUAAAAACUAUUAACACAAGGCAGUUUUGUGCUCCCUGACCAGUCAGAGUAGUACUCAAUAGCAAGUGGAUGACGGUGGGUCAGUGCCCACUGAGAGGCUUCAGGUCAGUGUGAAAGCUAAGCCUCACUGUAGAUGUUGCUGCUGUGGCUCCGACUAAUUCACACCCACACGCAGGGAAGUGGUUCUUGACUGGUUACUGGCGAGAAUAAGUCAAACAACGAACAUGUUCCAGUAGUUUGUUUGUGCUUUGACACAGUGGUGUUUACUCAGCACCUCAGAGGCACGGCAGCCUGCUGUGGGCUGUGGCCUGAUGCCAUGGCGGUGGACAGGACACGGCUGCACGCUGGCAUCCAGACUGCUGCCCUCUUAACACUCUGGGUGAGAGGCAGGCUGGGACUUUACAUGGCUGGCACAGUUCUGCGUCCUGAGAGCGGCAGCUCAUUUACACAAGGUGGCAGGCGUACAGUAUUAUGGCUGGCUGCUGUCUUUGUAUUUGUGACACCUCUUUUUUUUGUCAUCUGCUUACAAUGUUCAUGCUUUUAUUUUAUCUUUAGCCAAUGAAUGCUUCUAAUUUCACCAUCACUGAACUGACACACAACCUCAGAAUAUACACCAUUAAAACUAGAGAUGCACCGAUCCAUUUUCUUCUGAUCCAGUCAGAUACCGAUACCUGGGCUGAGUGUAUCGGCCGAUAUCCGAUACCGAUCCAAUACUAAUGUUGAAUGAAUGAACUGUAUAUCUUAUCCUGUGAGUGAAGGCAUCAGGCUUGACAUUAGCCUUGUUAAAAAAAGGUAACAAAUAAACACAGAUACAAAUUUACUUAAUAUUAUUUAUUAACAAAACAGCAAAAAGGAAUAAGACUUCCAUGAAAACAUUUAGUGCAAAAGGAUAGACAGACAUGGAAUUUUGGAGCGAACAGAACCUCUGUGUUGCUGUGUAUGAUAGUAAUUCAAAGAAAAAAAAGAGUGGAUCGGAGUCAUUCAUCAAAUAUCUGAUCCAGUUAAUUUGUCAAUAUCGGAGCUGAUAUCCUAUCCUAAUAUUGGAACUAGGUCAGUUUACUCCAUAUUUACAGUGAUAACUGCUGAAUGACAGUGACCUAAUACUUUGUUUUAUAGGUGUUUGUGUGGGAACAGUCAGCGUCCAUCACUAAAAAAAAUAACUGCUCUUUCUUCUAAACUUGCUUUAGCUGACCUCAAGUAAGGUGAUUUCUUCUCAUUGUAUCUACUCUAGCGAUGCAAAACAUUCAUUUCUAACAGAUCAUAUUUUGAGACACAUUUGCUUUCAUCCCGAUUCACUGAAGGAAAUUAGGAAUUUGCUUUGGAGCUCGAAGCUUUGAAAAAUGAUGUUUCUGAGAGCAGCAUCUCUUUCCAGGAACAAUGUCACGGUGACCCUGCAUGUUCCACAGAGCUCACUGGAUACAGACUUUAAAUGUUCAAACUUGAAUCCAAAGUAAACUGUUGACAGUGAGGUUUGUGGGUUAUCCACAGUAACCAGCACAUUGUUCCUGGAAAGAAAUGUCGCUGUUCGAGUUUUUAAAUGCUAAAGACGGUGUUUUCAUACAUAAUUCUUUGCUGCUGGGAUCAAAAAAACAAAAUCAUAAAUUUUAUUGGUGUCCACGGUAUGAGCAGGAAAACGGGAUGUUUCAAAACCAUGCAACUUGAACCAAAACAGUCUCUAUUAGUAAAAACCACCUAUAUGAACCCGUGCACUUGAAUAACAUCUGGUUUGAAAUCUGUGUAUUUGUUGAAUAAUGUUUGUUUCUUGAGAGUAUCACUCUGGAUCAUGAAGGUACACUAAAUCACUCUGUUCCCAGUGGAGCAGGAGUCCCAUAAAACUGCCUUCGCUUAUAUCGAGUGUGUCGUGUUUCUCUGGUAGCUGAGACUGAAAGACAUACUUCCACUUUGAAAGACACAAAGCAUUUUUUCUCUAGAGGACUCGUUCCAGUCUCAUAUAAAUCAUGAGUAUUGCUAUAUGUAAUGGAAAGCCAGAGCUAGACCUGGCUUAUUCUGAGUCCUGGCUCUCCAUAAUGUAUCUUACAGAGGGUGAAACAAAGGCCAAAACUUCUACAAAGUUGUUAUUUUUCCCAGUAGGUGCAGUGGAAGCUUUAAGAUGAAAACAAAUCCAUUUGGAAAUUUCACUGCUUCGGUUUGUGUGUUGUGCUGCCUGGAGGGCGUCCAUGAAAAACCAGAAGAUAUCGAAGAAAUCAUUCAUGUGUGGUUUUACCUUUCCAGACAUAAUAUUGGCAAUAAACGGUGAGAUGUUUUGAGUAUCGUUUGCUCAUCCUCCUGAGGCCAAACAGGGUAAUAAAAGUCAAAGGAGACUUUUUUGUUUUGUUUUUCUUGUUAUCAUAACCAUCAUUAGUGAUUCAUAUUUUAUCUAGUUCUUGCUCUGUUGUUCGUAUACUUCAUGACUGAUUGUUGCUUUUUGUCUUGGAAAAAUAGAUGAUAUUUGUGUUACAGUAAUUCAUCCUAACACUGGUGGUCUGGAGUUUGAAAGCACUUCACCAACAUCAACAUUUUGUUGACAGAUUUUCCAGCGCUGGUUAAAACAUUUGAUCACAGUGGCACCAGGCUGCGUCCACUGUUUGGUUAAGUAAGCGAGUAGCACCAAUCCACAUGUAUUUGUUGAUUACAUUUCUGAGCCAGCCUCAGAGGAAAUGAAUUCCGCUGUGGCCUGUAAAGUCACUCUGUGCGAGUGGCUAUCAGCGCCACUCGGGUUUUCUACCCAGCUUUGAUUUUGUGUGGGUUUUUUGUUUUGGCACAUCAAAGCGUGCAUGUAGACUUCUGUGUAGUCUGGGUCUGUCUCUCACAGCAAGGAGAUGAAAGGUUAGGUUACAUAAGAGCGUAGGAAAGAAAGGAUGUUUAUGUGUGUGCGCCUGGAGAGCCUUAGAGAUACUAGGUCCUCCUAAUGGAGCUGGACUUCAUCAUAGCUGUGAAGGAGCUGCUGCCAGCCCCUCAACUGUAAAUGCAAAACCCUGCUGUCAAAGCAGUGAACAGUUAGACAAACAGCACCCAGCCUGGCUCACACUGUCAUUCGCCAUGAUUAUCUCCAUAAUUCAUGUCCUUUCAAACAGCUGCUUGCAUUGCAAUUCUCUUUUCCAUUCAUUUUGUAUAAGAAGCUCCUGUAUCCUUGAGGGAGCUUGAAAGUGACUCAGAAAUGAUUAUAAUCACGCUCAGAAAAUAUAGACCCCUCACAGCCGCAGUCCUCAGGCUACAACGAAGAGGACGAGAGGGGGAAGAUGUCUGUUGAAAGGGCAACCCCCUUGUGUUACAUUUUUAUAAAGCUUCUAAAUGUCAAAACAUUACACUCUGUCAACGGUUCUGCGUCACACGCCGUGUGAUUGUUAUGACAGUGACCUUGUAUGCUUACAGUCAGGGCCACUAUACUCCGUUUAGCAGAGCCCAUUGUUGCCAGAACCUUGACCGAUAGAUCAGCUGUACUAUGAAUCACCCAUAAGCUGUCCCUAAGACGCAUUUGAUGUCACAAUACGAACAGUAGUCCUGGUGACAUGAGUAACUCUUGAAAACUCGUCACAUGCAGCGUAAAUGUGCAUGAAGUGUUUACAUGGAUUUUUAUCAUAAUAACAAAUAACAUAAACCACCCCUCUUAUUUGUAAUGAACCGACCUUUCCAUCAGUCCAGAUCCGACCAGUAGGCUCCUGUUGAGGUGUUUCAAUGGAGUUUUGAUUCUGAUUCUGACAGAGCUAUCAGUCUGCUUAUUGGUGGCCCAGUCGAGCAUGGCCAGCAUCAGAACCAGAACUCUUAAUUUACACCUUCUUUGUGUUCAUAGACUGACUGAUUACCUUUUUGAAACUUGAAACUUGAAAAUUUGAUGUAGAUUCUUUUAUAAUCACAGCAUUAAAAGAGGCCUUUAAAAUGAUGACAAAGUGAGAUAUAGGCUACUUUUUUAUGUAGGGCUGGACGAUUAACCAAAAAUGUAUUGAUACUGAAAUUUACGGCAAUAACCGACAUCAUUUUGCACAUGUAAAUAUAUUUGGUUUUAAAAAAAAAAAAAAUAGAUAGAAGUUGGUUUUGGAUGUGUGUAGGUAGGCUAUGGUCUCAUGUCCCUUUAAGAUGCUGUCCUUUGUCGGAGACGUGACUCCACCCCAUCCAGUCUCUAAGAAAGAGGGAAAGACAGGUGAGGAGAUGGAGGACGGUUUAAAGGUUGUAGCGGCUGAAGCAGCAGCUGAAGUAGACGAAGUUAAUGUGGGAGGGGGUGAGCAGCUUGUGGAGUAGUUAUCGUCCAUUUAUCGUUAUCGAGGUGAACUGCUUCAUAUAUCGUGAUAUCGAUUUGUAGCCAUAGCGCCCAGCCCUAUUUUUAUGUAUCUUUAACCUUAGUCUCAUUCAGUAAGUGGGAGAAAAAACAAGCAAACAUCGCAGAACAAUCUUCAAUCUUUCAUUCCUAAGUAAAACAGAGUUUUUGUCUGUCAGAUAUGUGCCACAUGAACUAUCCAACUGUAAAGUAACUAUAACAUUAACUUGACUGUUGGAUAUUUGUUUAGCAGAACUGUGGGAAACACUCCAAAAAACCACCACUGCUGUCCAGACGGGCUCAAAGCAAACCCUCUGUUUUCUCAGUGUCUCCACUCACAGCAUGACACAACUCAAUGACCUCCACUGACACACUAAAUUAGACCUGAAUUAUCAGUUUGGCUCUUAUACCGAGCCCCUUGCCUCAAUGUGUGCUGCAGCAAUUUGUCACAGCGACACGCUGGGUUUCUCAGGGCUUUCAGUUCUGGGCCAGAAAGCUCCAACAGAGGCAGGAGGGGGUUUUAUGUUGACUUGGCUCCCCUGAAACAUGCUCACUAAAAAAGCAGUGACAGAGCUGCACUGAUGCAUUUGGUGACUCCUAAGAAAGUGGAAAACUGGUUUAAGAGGCCUGUGGGAGGACACAGUGGCUGGUAAUUAGACAGCGUAGAAAUCCUCAGCCUCCAUCAGCCCCCUUAGGCCGUGAAUAAGAGCUAAAGUAAAGCAAACCUGAGUGUGAAAUAGCAUUAGUCGUCUACGCUUAAUGGGAAGUGAAAAAAAAAAAAAGACAAAACCCAUUUCUGCAUUUAUAAACGUUUCCAUUCCCCCCACACUCCUUUGACUCUUUGCAUCAUCCGUUCUUUCUUUUUUAACUACAGCACUGUACAUCAACAGUACGGUGCGACCCUUGUGAGGGGGAAGCAAGUUGUAAGACGCUAAAUAAAACAGGAUGUGCAGGACUGUGGUUUUGAACAUGUCUCUGUCUCUGCUUUUCCCACAGAUGCUCUCCCGCUCAGAUUGGGACCACAAGAGAGGCUCCCGAGGAUCACAGGUUAGACCCGUCCACAGAGAAAGAGACUAAUAACAAUAAUGAUAAACAGCUGACAGGAAAAAGCACACACACACACACACACACACACGCACUCAGGAGCCUGCUCCCUGGUCUUUGUCACUCGCCUACACACACCUUAUAAAUGACGCAAACGGCAGAAAGGCUACCACUUACAGGGUUGUUUGCCCGUUUAUUUCAGCUGUGGUUAAACAGCAUGUCCAGAGGUGUCACUUCCAGCCAGAGUCCUUGUUGCACUCAGGACUGUGAUUUGGCUUUCAGGCGCUGAACAAGCCAUUUAGGGCGAGGGGAUUGAAAAACUUGAAUGACUUUGCACAGGGGGCACAGCAUGUGGAGGGCAGACACACACACGCACACAUAUUUUGAAAUUACCUCUCCCAUCUUUGGAGGGCAGACUAUGAGUCUGUGUGUGUUUGAGAAUUGAUGUAUUGAGCUGCAGCAGAGCCACAGGGCAGGACACUUGAGUCAAAAGAGAGCAAACAAUGCCUUUGGAGUUGGCAUGGCCUUAUACAGUAUGUUCCUGUUCUGCGUGGUCUUCUAUCAAGAGGAUAUCCUUGAGGGAAGAAUAGAAAAUACCUCUAUGCUGAAAGUAUAUGCUGUGGUGGAAAUAAACGCUUAGAGUUGUGGUUUAGUGUAAAAUUAUGGGAUAGUUUUAUGAGCAGUAAUCACAGCUUUGCUCAUUAUUUGGAUUGAAGUUAAAAACACCAUGUAUGAUGUCCUACAGAUACAAAGACUCCUAUAGUGGGAUGUUUUCUCCCCUCAGAGUGGAGGACUUUUCAAAUAGCAUGUUACCGAUUUAAAAUUCUGUCCAAGGCUCGUAUCAAUUUGUUAUGCGGGGUUAGUAGUCGAGCAAAUAUUUUUUGAUUGAUGCAUCGCUUUAGCUGCCGUUUAGACCCAGUGGUCAGUCGAGUCUUUGUUGUUUUGGAUUGGUGCUCUGUAUUCGUUAGUGAAAACCCUCAACAGCCCAGAGACUGACAAGACAUGUAAGAAGUCAGGGCUGAUGUUGGCACCGCCCUCGAUCUUAGAGGCUGAUUUUUUCCACUGGCUCCACUCUCUUGGACAAAGUUGUUGGUCAGAGAGGCUGAUGGCGUCUCACUCCACCAUGGCACCUCAUGGGGUGUGUAAAUCACACACUUCACUCUUCAGCCGGUGACCAGAGCUGUUUGACUGAUCUCCACUGUGUCAUAUUCGCCAACAUGCACACAUUAGCAGGCUCAUUUCCCAAACCGCGUCUUUUUUUCCCCAUCCAAAGCUUGCGGUGGACGUUUUAGCUUAGGCAUUGACAGUGCAGUUAUGUAUGGAAAGAGCUAUUUAAAUAUUUGUAUUCGACUUGAAAACACAUUGGUUUUGGAACACUAUGCAGACAGAUUAUCGGAGAAAAGACUGUUUGUAGGCCUGGAUCUUGUGACUGUUAUUCUGAAUCACAGGAAAGCCGGGGGAAGGGUCCGUGAGGCAGACUCGCCGUGACAUUGCAAUCAUGCUGAAGAUUUCUGAAACUGGCUGUAAGCACAUGAAACAUACCAGAUCAGCAUUUCUUAACCUGCCUGUUUGGAGCUGAGAAAGGUCACUGCCCUUUUUCUGGUUUCCUGUCAGUCAAUGUUUUCUAAUUAAAUCGGGUCACUUGGCAUGUAACAUUUACAGCUACAGGAGACUGAAAGCAUAUAAUUUUGUCUAACCUCUGCCUUGGAAAUAAUUGGAUCUGCCAUAAAUGGUGCAGGGGCAUUAGAGCCCCUACUUUUUAUGACGUGCGACAGUAAAACACCUCUAAGCUGGUUCCAUUUCUCUGGGCAAACUGAGACGUGGUAUGACAUUUUAACUUGAUUUUUAUUCAGUGUGCCUGUAGAGUUUUGCAGGAUCUUUAAAAAAACGGUGCCUGGUGAUGGAUACUUGCUGAGGCACUUGUAUCAUGUGCUGAAUCAUCACUCACUUCUUACCCAGCAAAAGCCAUCCGUUUUACCACAAGCAUCAAUUUUGCGUGCUCUGUCCUUAACGUGUGCUUCCACCUCCGCCUUUAACGUCAUCUCUGUUUUUUUUAAAUCUUCACUGGAAUCAAACACCCUGAAAUAUGCGGCAGGAAAAACAGGCCUCUUGUUGGAGAUGGGAUGGUUGCAUGUUAGGGGUCAAUUGGCCCAACCUUUCCCAGUAAAUUUUAAUGAGGCCAUUAUUCCUUAUUGUUUUGUUUUGAUACACCCCCCUCACACCCCAACACACCCCCUUUUAAUAAAAUAUGUAAUGGCGUGUAAUUGUAUCUUGGCUGCUGCAGCUGAAGACCUGGCUCAGAGCUGCUUUGGUCUGGGCUGUCAGCGGAGGGGUUUGUGAGGGGAGCCGGGUCACAGAGGGGUUGAGGAAGUACAGAGCUGCCUGGCGUACUUUUGGCCGUAGGAGCUGAGGCGAGGAAGAAGGUUAGUCUCGGUGGAGUUUAGUGUUACCAUUCUGCUGUUAUUCACACUGUAGUAAUGCUCUGUUAUUCAAACAAGAGAACAUCACCAUCUCCCAGGCUCCUCUUCUGCUAAUACAUCAUGACAGAUGUAAUCAGGACCAUAAUGCUAACUGCACUGCCACUGAAACAGAAAGCUGCGUCGUAAUGAUUUUUUGAGAGUUCUGUGUAAUUGAUAUCAACCUAAGAAAAUGUAAUGGACUCACUUAAGUAUUUUUUAAAUAUGUUACUGAGCUUCCUGCUAAGCACAUUCCUGCUGUUGUCGGAGUGAGAGGAUUUGUGUAAGAGGUUAAUUGCACACGAAGUACCACGGUGAGCAUGUCUAUGUGUUGUAUGCAGAGCUAGGAUUGGUUUCAUUAUUGAAAUGUGUUUACUAAGAGAGUCAAAAACAUUUCCUCCUCCAGUAGGCCCCCGAGACAUCUGUCCAGUCUCUAUCUCUCCCGUGGGAUACAUUAUAAUCUCGCCAUUGCACAAUUUAAGAAGCCCACACUGCGCUGGAGGCUGAGAGGACUGUGUGUUUAGAUGGCGGAGCCAAGGGGUUAAAAGUGCACAAAGUGAACCUUCUCUGAAAUUGCAAAAAUGUGAACUUUCUGUCUGUGUGUACCAUUAAUAAUCACCGUUAGACAGGAAAAGCAGAGUUUUGUUUGUUGCACCAAAUGCACUUAGUCUGUCUCCAGCAGAGUUGUUGGCAAAUGGCUGUGAGGACACAGCAGGAGCACCAACAAUCAUAUUUUCAUGGCUCAAAGUUGUUGCAACAGUCGACAUUGUUAAUCAGAGAAAAUGAUGUUCUGCAUGCAAAAUGAUUAAGUACAUAAACAUCCGAAAGUCUGUUUGUGCAAGUAAAAAUAUUGGAUAUGCAUGAAUACACACACACAUACACACACACACACACACACACACACACACACACACACACACACACACACACACACACACACACACACAGGGGUACACCAACACUUGUCAGCAUAUUUAUCAUAAAUAUUCUUAAUGUAGUAUCAUGAAUGAACAUCGUUUAAGUGUAUCGUUCAUCAAAAAAUACAACAUCCAAAUAUAUGCAUUUAAAUCAAACUUGACUCAAAUUUGAUAGAUCUUAGACGCACAUAACUUCAACUCCAGAUAUACUCUCAGCAGAGUGGGACUUUGAUUGCAGACGCUGUGUAGACAAACAGCUUUUCACACUCCAUGAGUGACUGCUGGUUUGUUUUGAUUGGCCCUCAGUUUGGUUUACACAAACUGCAGCGCGGGUGUUAAUCUAUGGCAUGUCUAUUGACAUACUGCUCCAAACUGUGUUCAAAGAGGCAAUUAAGACCAUUGCUCAUGUACACUGUUAUUCACCAUAAAAUGUCAUAACAGAAUGUUCAUGCAUGGUUAAGAAUGUAACUUGGCGAGUUGAGGAGUCGUAAAAACUGUUUAUUGAUGCCUGUGGUCAGAUUUAUCAAAUGUAGAAUGUCAACCAAAGCUCAAGGCUUCUGACCAAAUAUCACACAGAUUUGUGGUACUUUUUUCGUAGAAAGAUACUCGCAGGGGGCGAACAGAGGGUGCGUCAAUGACAGGCAACAGUCAAAAAGUGAACAUCGAAGGACAUGAUUUAAUUUUGACCAAUUAAUUGGUUAGAUUGAUGAGAGAGGCCAACUUAUAGCAUUUUGAAAUAUCUGGGAUUGGCCCAUGUCUGUAAUCGCAAGGCCAAUAAAACAAAGAUUGUCUGCAGACACUGCAGGCAGACUCUUAAGUGUAGCUGCUGUCAAAGUAUGUAUUUCCCAUACUAAAUGACAGCAUUUAAAACUUGAAACAGUCCAGCUCAUGUUGAAUAUAAACUCUGUUAUCAUGCGUAGAAUAAAGCAGUUAAAUGUUGACACUGACAAAAAUAUUAGCUGAAUUUCUGUAGUUGCAACUAUGGAGCCUGGGAGGUGACAUAACCUUUUUGUUUUUAAUUUGUAUGUGAGAUUUAGUAUCUCGCAUAUGCAAUAUAACUGUUUGUUAAUACACAAAAUCACUUCCUGCAAGUCCAAAUAUUGCCGACAGCAAAGUCGCUGUGCUUUAAGGAUCCCAAUGAGAUGUCCCCUACUCAAAACAAUACCAAAUGUGGCUAAGCUAUAAAGUAUCUCUUUGUGAGUCGUACCUAAAUGAAAAAAAAUGUUGAUAAUAUGCUCUCCGUCCAUGACGCUGUCCUUCUUCUCUCACAAAUGAGGCACACGGAGGGUUAUUUACAAAAACACAUGCGCAAGAUACUAAUAAAACGCACGUACGAGAUAUGUAUAAAAUGCACGUGUGAGAUACUAAAUCGCACGUGCAAAUUAAAAAAAAAAAAAAAAAAAAAAAAAAAAUACAAUUCCACUUCACAUCUCAGGGUCCAUAUGCAACAGCAGUAUUAACUUUAAAAAGUAACUAGACACUUGUUACAAACUACAGUGAAGUUAGCACUGUGUGUUACUAAUUAACUCUUAACUCACAACACUGAUAAUGAGUAAGAGUAUUUAUCUGACUAGACAGAGGUUUGUUAGUUAGUGAUUUAGCCAUUGGCAGACAUCCUUAUUCCAGCUUUAUUCUGGCUACCUACUGUGAUCGUGUUACACGUAUGUAAAGGUUUUGUCUUCACAUCUCUUCCACACAACUAACAGAGGUGCUGAGACCCUGACUAACUCUGAAGGGUGUUUUUCUCUGAAAAAUCUCUCAAGAGAGGAGUGUGAGCCAGUGACCCAUGGUUGUUGACACUUCCCAGAUGUAAAUGUGUGUUGCUGUGAGUGUGGUGUAAGGCAGCAGUAAAAAGAGCAUGUAAGCUUAGGGAGCCAUUUAGAAAGAAGUCAUUAAACACCUGUAUAGCCCCACCGGGAGAGUAAAAUACAUGAAAUUGAAUCAAAGCGCUUAAUGGGAUUUACAAAUACUGCAGAUGUGUUGAGGUAAGAGCAUUCGCCAUGGUGCUGAGAUUUUUGAAAUGCUCCAUCAUAACAUCUGUCCAAAAGCUUCCCCCCCCUCUUUGAUAGUCAGUGCUUUUACCAGGCAGAAGUCUCACUGCAGAGUUCAUUUUAGAUCUCAGCCCUUAGAAAGUGAAGCCUGCUGCAACAGAGGUGGCCAUGGCUGAUGAAUGAAACUUAUCAUCUACACUGACAGGAAAUGCUUAUAUAACCGUGUGAUAUUAUGUAACAGACUCACAGUUUGAUCUUUUGCAGGAGGUCCACUGGUGACUUCAGAGUUUAAGGUUGCAGAUUGUUGGAAGAUUAGGAAUAUCCAGGAGGUAUCUUCAAGCCAACACGUAACUUUUAAAGGAUUCAUAAAAGCCUGAGCCAGGGAUGGUCAGGCCUUCACAUUCUUUAUUGUUCCCUGCUUUGUGCUAUAGCUAAAAAAACUCUUUGUAGACUAGAUUGCAGCAUAGUGGCCUCUUAAGUUUAACAGCACAUUGUAAUUCAAGGCUAAAAGAAUGGUACUGCUUUAGAAAAGGAAGGAUCCACUAACAUACCUGAAUAAUGCAGUUGAGGAUCAUUUUUCCCCUCCAUGUGUGCAGCGUAAUGGGGGUGAAAUUGGCCUAACACAUGCUCUGCGUUCCCAAACUGGGAUUUGAGGUGGAAGUUGAAUGGCACGAAUUGAUUUGCUAGAAAGCCAGGGAGUAAACACAACCUUUACAGGCAAAGAAAGGACAUAAAAAUAACUAAACUUUCCUAAAUGUUCUUUCUGAAAGGUUUCCUAAACUUUCAGAGCUGUAAAAGUGACAGUGUUUUCAUCGUAUGAUAUACAUCCUUGUAGCCUCUAGCUAACGUGUUUUGCCAGCUGUUUUGACACGUAAUAGGUCAACCGGGAGAUGUUACAUCACCUGAUCGAGCUAUGACUGUAGCUCAACUUAAUUGUGCAUUUAAAGUACUGAGUGUCACCUCACCGCAACUUAUGUUCAAAAGAAAACACUGGCAACUCCACUGGUACCUAAUCAGAAUGUAACUUCACUCACCUGGGGACAUUUUCAUUUUCGGCCAAAUCAAAAAAGAGAAAAGCUGAUUUUGAUGAGGCAAAAUGCAAAAUCUUAACGAAAAAAUUCCCUUAGAAAAAGACAAACAUAAAGUUAAAGUUCUCGAUUAUUGAGUUUCUAUGCAGAAUUAAAUAGUAACUGGACUGCUGCCUCCUCCAGCACAGAAUCAUUGUGCCGACUGACAACUCAGUGUUGAUGAAGCCUUGGUGGGCGUUCCCAAAUACAACACUGAAAGUGACAGAUCGUGAUGAGCACAGCAGUUUUUUUUAGAUGUACUAAAUCAUAAGAAUCAGUUCACUAAAAAGAUUCGUUCACCGAAUUACCGAAUCGUUCAGCGCCUGGUCAGAGGAGCCUGUGACUCCGACCUCCUGAACUGAUACACAGAUGACAGUUCAGGAUUCAGUUCAGAUCAUAUCUUUUUGGACCGGAAUGAGAGUGUUGUGGCUGUGUUGCUUUGGCAAGCAGGUUUGUAAAAGUGAACUUGUUUAUAAGUCAUAAUGUUUUCAGUGUACUGUCAUAUGGUGUGCUUUUUAUCAGGUCUGCUCGGUAAAUUGGGCUCAGUGAGUGAUUCGUUCACUGAACGUUUAGAAGAAUUCACACUGAACAUGCACCGUUCCCUUGCAAACCGCUGCAACGAUAAGAUGUUGCAGGUUUUAUGCACUGCUUGUUACAUGCUGUGUCCUGUUGCAUGCAAGUUGUUCUGGUGGCAAUUUAGCAGUAAAAAAGAAAAGUUAGUUUUGUCCAACAAAAAUGAUUCCAGAGAGUGUAGUUCAAUGCUUGAUUCGUUUACCAAGUGAUUUAGGCGUCAGUGCAUGCGGUCCCUCGUGUGCCGGCUGCUCGCCCGGCAAUGCUGCGUUCUAUAGCAGCUGCACUGCUGGCAGCUCAACUGAAGUGAGAAAUGAAUGAAUCAUUUGAGGAAUUGAUCCAGUUUAGUAUGUUCAUUGAAAUGAUUUGGUUCUUUUGAACGAAUCGUUGGCGAAUGACACAACACUAGUGACAGACACCUUUUGGGCACUGUUACACAUUAUCUGGUUGAAUAGCUGGUGUCUGUUUUCCCCCGGUCAAGAAACAGGCAUUCAAAGUAGUGUUUUUUUUAUUUGACAAGCAUUACGAGUUUCACAGAAAAAUGAAUGACAAAAUAAUUGAAGAAGUUUACGUUAAAGCCUGUUGAAUGUACACAAGUCCACCCCCCUUCUGCUGUAACUGUGAGGAUCUCCAAGUCUUGUUACUUCAGUAGCCCUGAGGUAAUUUCCCUCAGUGUGACAGCCUCUAUGUCAGGUUUUGAGCAUGCAUGGGCCUGUUCCAAGCCUGAAAUCAGACAUUUGUAAAUCUCUCACCUUUUAUGGCCUUUCUGGUCCAGUUGCUGUGUGAGUUAAGCUCAGAGAGACAUGCUCAUCCUCCUUCAAAAUGCCUUCUUUUGGAGCACAUAUGUUUCCUACAUGCACGCUAAAGAUGAUAGAAAACAUAUGUAUGCACCAACGUCAGUGCGUGAUUUUACCAGUCUUUGUAUAUCUUAAGCAUACUUUCAUUCAUCUUUCUUUUUUGCUGUGGUAUGAGAACUAAAAUUAAAGUUUCUAGAAGUUGCACGUAAGUUCUGUGUGUUAUAAGAUGCAAAGAAGGAGAAGCUAGUCUUUAGCGGCUUUAUUUCUCUUAAACCCCCCUUUUAGCAGACUCCUAAAUCAGCCUGCAAAUGAGCUGAGAGACAGGUGUUUACAUUUUCUCCUCACAGCGUGCAUUAAAGCAGAGUAAAGAGACGGGGAGGAGGGAGAGAAGUUGAGAUGAGGAUGAGAGGAGCACAAUAGUCGUCUGUCCAGAAAUGUUCCAUCAGCCGCCCCACAGGAUGCCUCCUUGUCUGUAGAAGAGAUUAGUUUGGUCCCUGUGCUGGUCAUGUGUCUUAUUUAUCAAUAAAUGUGUGUCAUCAUGGAGAUAUGCCAUCACAACUGGUGGCCUGAUACUUUUUUGAAGAACAUCAGGCUACUUGUAAAAAUGGAGUGAACGAUCUGAUUUGACAGAAAACAUAAACACGUUGCUCAGGUCACCAUCUUGCCACUCAGCCAAUGUAAACAGAAGACGUCUUGGUCUUUGAAUGGGAUACUGGAGGACAAAAUAAGAAAACAGUUGAAGAAAAAUCAAUAAAGUUCGCUUCCAGACGACACCAACAUGUGUUUUGUAGCUCUAGUUUUCCAGAUGGAGCAAUGAAAAGUAAGCUGUGAACUUAACCAUGCACAAACAAGGCCGCAACACACUUAGCUGAGCCUUCAAAGCGGCAGGGCAGACGACCAGAAACAGAGAGUGUCUGUUGGUCGUUCGAGGGGUCAGGAGUGAGGAAGUCAAAGGUCAGGGUCUAGCUGAGACAUUGCUAAUGAGCCCAUUCAUUAGGCAUCAAGUAUCACAGCUGUGCUGAACGUGUUUCACCUCAUGAUGUUGUUCUGAUGUCUGAAAAGCUGAAAGUACAUCGACAUCUUCUACUGUGAAGUCAGACUUUAUGCUUCACCAUGUUUGUCUUUCUCUGCGCAUUAAAGAGAUAUGGAGAGUGGAGAAUAAAGCUAUUGAUGGCUGAGUGGAUGGAAAUGUGCACACGUGCAGUGUGAUACCGCAGAUAUAAUCAUCUCUGCAGCACUUGGCAGUGUCUCUGUCAGUGAUUAAAAAUGUCCUCUACAUCUGUGGUCCAAAACCAAUUGGCUAUUGUUCUUUUAUUUUCACAUUGUUCAUUUUGGCCGUGGUUAACACAGACUUUAUCUUGUGCUACAUUGGUUUUCCUCUGAGAUAAGUGCACUUUUGAAAAAUGAUUUGGUCGUGGCCUUGCGGGAUGCCAUUAUUCUGAAGUAUUGAAACAAAUAUGUUAUAUUCUGUGGCUGGACAUCAAGCCACAUGCAGAUUGUGGUGAAUUGCUGCUUAGUCAUUGUUGUGUCAGCUGUAGCUGUAGCUGUGAAAUAAUAUUUUAUGAGUAAAGAAAGACCCGUGGUUAAACAAGUCUUAAUAAUUACAUGUACUACAUGCUGAAGUGUGUUGGAAUUAUUCACAGAAAGGCAGAAUGAAUGGCCUCCAUUAGUGUUACAAUAUGAUUCCAUAUUAAUAUGCAAAUAAUAUAUAAAAAUGACAUAAAAUCUGCCCAAAAAAUGUAGCUUUACCAUCCCUCUUUUUGUGAACAUUGAGCUAAAGGCAUUGGUCUUAUCUAAGAUUGGUCUAAUAUGAGCUUGAUUGCAACUGUACUAAAUGUGAAUCUUGGCAUUGGAGCGCACUUACAUGCUAAAGAGCAUAUUCUUUCGUCACUGCCGCAAUAUGAGAGGUCAAAGUGUUAGAGGUUUAGAAUAACAAGGUUUUAAACUGCAGUUAAAACCAUGGAUGGAUAAUUUAACCCACAUGACUUAUUAAUAAGGACAAUUAAUGGCAUUUUGAAAUAAAAAGCUGUUGUCUAAGCUCAUGACGCUGAUUAUAGAAUAAACCAAAUAUGUCUGCAGGUACUGCAGGCAGUCUGGUCCGUGUGGCUGCUGUAAAUCAACAUUGACAUCCCCUUAAGUGAUCAUUUUUAUUUUCAGUGCGUGUCCUAAAUGACAACAGAUCACAUCCAACCAUUACUGACAAGUGUUCAAUAUAAAUUCUGUUAGGAUGUAUAAUAUAAGAAAGUUUAAUAUUGCCUUUGACAUACUUAUGUUCUGAAAUCCAUUGCAUACCUCAAUGUCCUUUCAUAUUUCAUGCAUGAACUAGAAAAUUCCCUCUGGGAAACUUUCUUUUUUUUUUUUGGCUUGUCCCAUUGAUUGACUUCAGUGCAGAAAUUUUUUACAUAGUUUUUCGCAAAAAAAUCUUAUAGAAUUGGGAAUAGUAACAGCACACUGAUCCCAAUCAAACCUCAUGUUUUUAUAUAUAAUUUGUCCCACGAUUUUUCAAGCUGUAGGACGAAUAAUAAAUUGAACUUUGUCCAGAAGAGGAAUAAGAAAAAAUCCACGGUGUAACAAUAGUGCCUCAGAGCCAGUGUCUCGGUGCAUUUGCCCUGUGGCCCUAAUGAUCUAAAUCACCUUUCUGUCUAAGUUUUCUAUGUACUGUAUAGUAGAUUGUCCUUGCAUGGAAUAGUCGCUUUUAUUAUUACAUUUUUCUAUGUCAACAUCAAGUGAUAUAUAUCUACGUUAUAUUGGCAUUUUAUGUUGACCAUCAACUUACCUGCUCUCUGAUCAUCUGUAUCAGUCCAGAAAGCUGAAAUGGGUCGUCUGCUGGUUAAAGUACUUUUAACAUUCAAUCUAUUAUAAUUAACCGAGUAGACAUGCGUCGACAUUUCAAGCCAAACAGAGAAACGAGGCACAGGAAAAAUUCAUUUUAAAAAAGUGAAUUGGCACUAACCAUAGCUGAGCUCUUAGUGAAGACUCAAAGAUGAGUGCAGAAAUCAGAGACUAUUUUUAAGUGGGAGUAGCCUUUAGGUGCUGUGCCCUCAGUAAAAUAAGGCCAAUACAGAAAUGUGUGAAAUCAGCAUUCUUCUCAGUGGCUUGGGUACUGGGGGCACACAGGGGAGAAAGGAGUCAGAAUAUAUGAGAGUCUAUGAGAAAAUGUCCCCACUUUGAAGUUGAUGUAUCACCUCAAUUAAAAGUUUCCCAAGAGACUUUAUGGUGUCUUCCACUAGCUUCAAGUCUUUUUCAAAACAGCAAUAUCUGAUAAAGCAGAUGGAUAAAUAGAUAAGAAGGCAUGGAUGAGGAAUCAGCCUGAGCUUUGGAAAGGAGCUGAACUAAUACCCUCUAACUCAAAAAAAAAUCAAGAUUGUCUUUGAAUGAUGGAUCAUUAACCAAUGAUUUGGUAGCUUCAUGUAACUCUCGUGUUCAGUGAAACAAAACAUUAGAGAAGAAAGUGAAAAAAAAAGCCAAACAUGCAUUUACCUCCAUUGAAGUCAAUGAGAAAGUGCAAAAAAAAAAACCCAACAGUGUCUGAUUGAAACUGUCUCCCUUAAGCAUAGACACCUUAUAUUUAAUAGUUUUACAGGGCUCCCACUAAAACGACCAUAUUUACAGCUGAAAAUUUCAAACGUGUUUAUAGCUGGCACAGUAUAAUGGUCUCUAAUUUCUUGGUUUAAAAAAUUGUAUUGCAGUUUGUGUAUUUUUGAAGCUUCAUUCAUUCUAAGUAAAUAAAAGGCCAUGAGUUAUGUGUAAUUAGGCAUAAUUAGUUGUGGGAACUGCUUGAGUGACAAAUGUGCACGUUGUAGUUGUUUAGCCAGGUGGUUAAAGGCCAGCGUUAAUUCCUCCUCCUCCCCUGUUUCCUCUCUGGCAUGGACUUUGUUGUAGUCAGUAUUUCCAAAACAGUGUCUGCCAUCUUUGAACCUCAUAUUGCCUCUUUGUGGACAAUGUACGGCGUCACUGAGACCACGUCCAUGGUGUCUACAAUCUAUGGUAACUUGUAUUCAGGGUUUAAAUCGUGCUCAUUUCCCGUGUCUCUGUCCUCCAACAGUCGUCAGGCACCACCGUCAUGGUGGACAUAGCAGUGAUGGGAGAGGCUCAUGGACUGAUCACAGACCUGCUGGCUGACCCAGCUCUGCCCCCCAACACCUGCACCUCACUGCGGGCUGUCAGCAAACUGCUUACCACACAGCUCACCUUCCAGCCAUUGCACCGGCCACGCCCUGCUCCCCUGCUCAACCCUUGCGAUGCCUACACCUUCUCCGACUCAGAGGAAGGACCUGAGAAAGGAGAGAAGACAUCCAUACACAAGGUAAGAAACAACAGUGUCAAGAUUUACACUUGAGUAGUGAAAGAAAUGAUAUUUUGAAAGAACAAGAGUGAAAAUACCAAACCAUACCCAGACAUUUGUCACAUAAAUCAAGACUUUUUUUAUGGUAGACUUGUCGAAUAAUGUUUAAGGGAAGUGCAGUCCAGUCUCUCAAGGCUGAAUGCUUUAAACACCAUGCAGCGCUCCACACAGAGUCAUCUUUCAGCCCAUGUUUCAGUUAAUGAGUUCUUCCUGCUCCCCAAGCUUUUAGCAUCAAAUAAAAAUGUGGAUUUUCAUACAUUGAGUGGAAAUAGAAAAUGGAGAGCCUCUACUGCUUAGAGCACUGUUCUCUCUUUCACAGCCACAGCUGUGUCAACAUGACAGACGUACAGAGCCAGACAGCAUAUAUAUGUGCAUGUGUGUAUGUGUGUUGAAGCCAUAUGAAGGUGAAUGCACCCUUCAAAAUGUAACAAAGAUGGACGAGUGUGUGUCAAACUAGCCGGACCCCUGCUAUGGUUAUGGAUCGGGUCAUUUCUCAAUGGAGGAUACUGAUCCCAAGAAACUCAAAAGCUGUCAUCCUAUCAUGGCAGUCGUUUGGCUGACAGGUGUAUUUAUUCAACGUCUGAACUUUGUAAAAGUAGCUAAGACAAACUGAGCCUGUGGAGUGGCUAGUGAGGCUGCACUCAUUAAGACCUGACUCCUAAAGGACAAAGUGCCCGGCUCUAACUGCCCCAGAGGAGAAUGGAAGCAGGAGUGGAAAAGUCCUGUGCUUGCUUUUCUUCCUCCUGGCUGAAAGUUUAAUGUUCAUCGUGGUGCAAACUAAUGCAUUUCAACCACUUCUGAAGAGAUUAUUUUAACUCCAACACAGGACAUAAACUCUCUGUGCUGCAAAAAGACAUUAGACAAAAUGGAAUGCAAAGAAUUGAGCUGUUUUUAUCAUCUUUAAAAUUACAGACAGCCACAGAUAUAGCAGAGGCUGUCAUAGCAGCUGUAUUUGUGAUUAUUUUUUAUGAAGUUGGUCUGAUUUGGGAGCCUGAUGCUAAUUGUUUAAGCCAUAGAUGUUGUGUGCAUCACUGCUCUUAAAGUGUGAGUUUGUAGGGCUUUUAUCAGAAAAAAGACGUAAUUCAGCAAAAUCUGACCAAGAAACAGAUAUUUUUCUACCUUCAAAGUAGGGCUGGGCGAUAUGGCCUCAAAUCAAUAUCAGGAUAUGUUAAGGAGUUCACCUCGAUAAAUGGACGAUAACUACUCCACAAGCUGCUCACCCCCUCCCACAUCUACUUCAGCCACUACAACUUCUGAACCGUCCUCCAUCUCCUCACCUGUCUUUCCCUCUUUGUUACGGAUGGGAUGAGGUGGAAUCACGUCUCCGACAUAGGACAGUGUCUUAAAGGGAUAUGAGACCAUAGUCUACCUACAGACAUCCAAAACCAACUUUUAUUUACUCAUUCUUCUGACACCAAAUAUACCGAAAUGGUCAAAAUUACAUCGGUUAUUGUUGUAAAUUUCUGUAUCUGUAAAUUUUCGGUUUAUCGCCCAGCCCUACUUCAAAGAGUAGAUUUGUGUACAUAUUUGUUCAUCACUAGUGUAAUUCAUUGCUUGUAUGCACCAAAUGUGCUAAACUGUUGUUUGUGUGUUUAUUCACUUAAUAACUGUCUCUUUAACUGUCUCUAUUAUUGAGAUUUUGGUGAGGCUACAAAGAGUAUAAGUCGGUGAAACGUCCAUCUAAGAGCCCUAAACAAACACUGUUUAUAAGUGUGUGUGUGUUAGCACUCAGAGUGUGACGCUUUGCUGUGAAUAGGCUCAUUCAGGAUUCUGAGGUGACUUUACUAGGUCAUCCUGCAGAAGACUAAGAGAAAGAGAGAGCGAGAGAGCGAGAAAGAGAGAGUCUGCCAUGUUGAGUGCGGCUGUGCCAAGCUGCUGCAUGGCGCUGAACAGAUGGAGGCAUCACAAGGGCACAGAGCUCUGGGAAUCCCACAGAAAGAGCAAAGAAAAGACAGAUAAAGAAAGAGACUGAAAGAGCCAGACGAAAGAGAAUUACAGAGAGGAGGAGAGGCAGAGGAGCUGAGAGUCGAUGAUGAAAUGUAUCUGUGCAGUGCAACACUUACUCUGGUUAAUAAAGUGGCCUGGGGGGUAUCUUCAGAACAGUGUGCUCCUCACAGUGAUGACCACAGUGCCUUCACAGGCUGUGGAAAAAAGUGUCUGUAACCCUGACAGAUACACCAGAUAAUACCUCCCACUUUAUUUGGUUCUUCAGGACUGGAUUUAGGAAAAACAAGUCUCAUUCAGCUGAAAAGUAAAAAAGUAUUUAUUAAUGUUACAAGUUAAAGGACUUAAAAGCUUUUAUCUAAGACAGCUUUCUUUAUUUCUUUCCUGCUGCAAGUUCAAGAUGUGGGUGUGCAGAUGGCUUUUUCUUCAUUGUAAGCCAUGUUUGUCUAAUAUUUUUUUUUGUAUGUGCGCAGCGUAUCAGGCGGAGUCUCCACCCUGGUCUCCUGAGGAGGAUCUCUUCCACGUGGACCACCACCACCUCCGCCACUGGGCUGCCUACCAUAGAGCCUGGACCCGUCCGAAGAGAUCGCAGUGCUAGCAUCAAACCAUACCAUGAAACACUCAUUUGCAGGUACCUAACUGAGGCCCUGAUAUGGGUUUUAUUUAUGUAUUUUGAUCUUCUGCUACAUAUGUCUCUCCCAUCUCUACAAACUUUAUUUUUGCUCCACAAGCACAUUUAUCCUAAUUUCUACCUUAUUUUCUCAUUGCCUUGUUGUUUUUCCCUCUCCUAAAGUAGUUAUAUGGGAAAAAAAGUUGGCUAUAUUAGAGGCACAGCAUUAGAAUCACACUGUGCAAGUUGUACACACAACCGUGGUAUGAAUUCUUUAAGAACUCAUACAACAGCUAGCACAGUAUGACGCAUCCUAUUGGAGAAGUUUAUUCCCAGCAGUGAGGCUGCAGUUUUAGCGAAGGUUUCAGCUUGAGUGAACAGUAGCAUUUCGGGAGGGAAAUGUGUGCGUGGAGGGAGCCAGAAUGGGGAAAAAGCCCCACAGGCGAACGCAUUAACCUGAAUAACUAAGACACACAUCAGCUUUCUGAACAUUAGUGCAGAAAAUAGCAUGAAACUCACGCAACACAGAGGGAUCGUGGUUCAGAUCUGUUUGCAUGUUAUAUAAUGGAAGGUUUGUGAUUUGGUUUUAGAGGAUGUUUGGGGGGAGUGUUGUUGGAUGGAGGAGUUUGCAGGUUGUGAGUUGGUUCUGGUGUGUUCUGUGUGCAUUUAUGGAUUCGUAUGAGCAUGAGAGCACAUCUUUGUUUGGUAAGGUUUUAUGGCUGGGUGCAUGUUGUCUUGAAACAGCUGUUGAAAUCUUUCCUGAUGGUUUCAGUGUGUUCAGACGGGACUAAUACGGAUGCAGUGAGGCGGCAGGCAUGUCAUGCGUAUUGUUGAAACAAUAAAAAUACCGUGCCCUUUUACUGCAGCUUUUGUUUUGUUACUAAAUCACCCUGAUGUUUUAAAUGUAGAGUAAACACAGGGUCUAAAUUUAUUACAGUUAUCAUUAUCACUAAGUGAAAUAUUUCAGGAUAAUUGACUCUGAUCAGUGCAGAGAUUGCAUUCCAUACAAUUACCCACUGAUUACUUUGGUACUAGGUUUUUAAAAUUUGGGAGCAACUCAGGAGAAAAAGAAAAAGAGAUGUUUCUAUGAAUUUCAAAGUACAGAAAAUGGAGAUUCAGCCUGAAAUGUUUUGGCUGCACUUGUCUGCGUGUCCUCAAAGACAAGUUUUCGUGCAUGCAUUUUAUUUUUCUUUAUUGGUGAUGUGGGUGCACAAGCAGUACCAGACAACUCCCUGUCUUUAAAAUAUUAAAUAUGCCUCAACAAGAAAGAGUCUCUUCAUGUUUCAUCUACCUUCCCCCCCGUUUCUCCCUUGUUGGGUUUGUAUCGAAGGCACGAACAUCUUCAGAUAGAAGCCAGAGUUUGUCUGAAAAUACAGACACUUCUAGGAGUCUUUCUAAUGCGGAGCGCUGUCACAGAUGUCUGCGAUGUGCCAAACCGGAGGAACAGUUGGUAUAGUGUAGGUUGUGUUUUAUAUUUGGAGCUGCUUUAACUCAAAUGUUGCAUAGAGUGAUUUAUCAGAUCUUUGAAGGAGAGCUGGAGUUCAAAUAUUAAUGAGCAGGAGGACUUCAAAAAGCCAUUUUUGAUAUGAGACUCAAAAAUAGAAAGCAGCUUGCAUGAUUUAAACAAUACAGUUUCAACUGACAACAACCUAUUUUUGUUUUUCACAUGCACUCAGUGAAAGUGUCUGUGUAGACCUACAGAACUGCAAUUGUUUUCUUUUCUUUUUCUGUGCUUAAAGACCCACUCCGACUAAAAUCAUGUAUUUCUUGUUGUCUACAUGUUCAUAUGGCAUUUUUCUGAUGCUACAGGACAUAUCAUGAGAAAAGCAAGUGCGAAAUUGCAUUUCUGAGUAUUUUUUCGUUCAAAUCGCUGUAAAUCUCUCACAGACGCAAUCGGCAGGUUCAGAUUCAGUGAGAUUUCCUACGUAGCAAAUCCAAGCUCCGCCCUCAGAACCCUGCUACGCAUGCCACACUUGUAAAAGUGGAGGACAAUUGCGGAACAAGCGUGUGCGUUAGCAAAUUGCAAUGUUCAUAAGAAAGCUAAUUGUGAUAUUAGCUUUCAUCGUGCACACAAAGACAUUAAUGUCUGAGAGCUGAAUAACUCCUAUGUUACCUGCCACCUCUACUACACCGGCAAUGUUAGGCUACAAGCUAGCAUGACGAAGAGUGUGCGCUGUCUCCGCCCACAACUCAGAGGCAAAUUGCUUAUGAGCUACUGGAGCUCUGCAGAAGAAAAGCCUUCAUAAUCACUAUUUUAAGGACCACUAAGAACUCUGUUAGUGGUAAAAAAUAAAUAAAUAAAUAAAUAAAAAAUUCCAGUAUUUUUACUAAAAGGAGACCUGUCAAUUUUCACUUCCUUUUUAGCACAAUAAUGACAUAAUACUCUCAUGGGAUCAUUUAGCACCACAAGCUUUAUAUCUACUGCUUGAGAUUCACAUCAACUCACUCACAUUCUCUGAGAUUCGGUCAUGUAUCGUAUCCAGCUGAACAUUUUAGAUAAAAAAUAAUGACUUAAUCCCAAUUUUUAAAUGCCUGUGAAAAGUUCUAAAAACAGCUCAAACUGGGUAUUGUGGAUGUAAAAUGAGGCAUGGCUCUGUAACCACAUGGUCUAUUUCUUACCUCAAAUUAAUUUAGAAACUAAUUUGAGAGUUUUGGAGAAAAUAGAUAUUUUCAGGGGGUUUUGGUUUAUUCUUUUUAGUUUGGAAACUAGAAGCGGUAGCGGGGCUGAAAUGGGUGGGAUUAAUUAUCAUGUGACUGUGUGGUUGUGAUUUUAGUUGGUGUACCUUCCUUAGAUUUAAUCUGUCUCAAGUUAAUUCAUCCAUGUUGUUUCCACAGAGGCAGCCAGCCUUUCUUCCAGUGUGUUCUUUAGUAUAGUUUUUGUAAGGAGAUUUGUUUUAUGAUGCCAUUAGUUGAUCAUGGCCGUACUAUAAAACUGAACCAUUCCUGUAAAAACUUGUGGCCCCUCUCCAGAGGCGAUUGUAGGAGAUUGAGUAGCGAACUAACAAACAAUCCAGACUAUGCUUGCAGCUCGUGACAAACCCACACCACAAAAUUUUCCCAAGCUCUUUACCUCUCUGGCACAUGUAGAAGAGCUGUUUUUGAAAGUUUCUUUAGGAAGUAAGGUAAUAGGCGUGCUGCUGCAUCCAUCAGUACAGAUCAUGUGACUCGUGGAAAGCCCAAGCAUUUGCAAUACUGCUGCUACAGGAAGACUAUAAAUUCACAACUUUGUGGACAUGUCUUUUCCCUCACUUUCACAUCUGGACUGUUUCCAUGGUUUGGCUUCUACGUUGCAAUUACCAAAAACCCUAAUUGUUACAACAUGCAGUGAUAUUCGGGACAAUAGCUCGUUUCAAACUUUGUGGCAGCAGUUUAGGGACGGCCUUUUCACGUAUCAGUGUCAUAGUGCCGCCUAUGUACAAACAAGGACUGUAAUUGAAUUAUUCUUGAAAAGACUAGAUUCCUCUUUGCACAGCCCUGACUUUAACCAUAUCAACACUAGAUGCUAGAUGCCGAAGUUUCUCCCAACGCAGAACCCAACCUCCCUCCUGCUCUUGUGGCUGAAUGAAGUCAGCUUCCAAAGUCUUGUGGAAAGCUUUCCCGGAAGAUCGGUGGCUCAUGAAGUAGCAGAUUAAUGCUCAUGGUUUUGGAAUGAGCUGUUUAGAAAUCACAUGUGUCAUGUUCAACAGUCUGAUUAACUACUUUCCUCAAGUUUCCAUGUACUUUUGGUCAUAUGAUGUAACAGGUUAAACCAGGAACCAAAUAUUCAACGUAAACAUUUUUGCUUCUUUAUGUGUGAUUCUGUCGUGCGGUUAGUUUGGAAUUCAGCGUGUCUGUUUAUGUCCUCUGAGCUUUUAAGGCAAUAUUUUUGAUUUCUCCUGCUUAUUUUGAUAUUAUCUGUAUAUGUAUUAUGAUUAUUCCUCUCUGACCUCCAGUCAUCUACAGUCUCUGAGAGAUGAGAACUCAUAAUUUAACUGUGCUCCAAAUGUUCUGAGUUGUAUGUAAAAGUCUGUCCACAAAUUAAAUAUCUGAGAGGAAGACAUACUUGAGAUAUACGUCUCAAUUCUUUCAUUGUCAUGUUCAAGAAACCAGUCUGAGAUGAUUCCAGCUUUAUGACAUGGCGCAUUAUCCUGCUGAAAGUAGCCAUCACAGAGAUGCUCUUCUGCCUACCUUGGUUGUAACGGGUGGUUAUUUGAGUCACUGUUGCCUUUCUAUCAGCUCGAACCAGUCUGGCCAUUCUCCUCUGACCUCUGGCAUCAACAGGGCAUUUCCGCCCACAGAACUGCCGCUCACUGGAUAUUUUUUCUUUUUCGGACCAUUCUCUGUAAACCCUAGAGAUGGUUGUGCAUGAAAAUCCCAGUAGAUCAGCAGUUUCUGAAAUACUCAGACCAGCCCUUCUGGCACCAACAACCAUGCCACGUUCAAAGUCACUCAAAUCACCUUUCUUCCCCGUUCUGAUGCUCGGUUUGAACUGCAGGAGAUUGUCUUGACCAUGUCUACAUGCCUAAAUGCACUAAGUUGCCGCCAUGUGAUUGGCUGAUUAGAAAUUAAGUGUUAACGAGCAGUUGGACAGGUGUACCUAAUAAAGUGGCCGGUGAGUGUAUGUAGCUCUUUAUCACAUUUCUUCUCCCAUGUCAGAGCUAAAACAGCUUCUUCUUGAACCAAUUCCUUCCCCUCAGGUUACCCUCCUUCAUGUCAUCAGUAUUAUUAUUACUAAUACCUUAUCCCACUCCUACUUUUGGCUCUUUGUGGUCCUGGCCUUCUCAACAUCAUUACAAACAAAGGUUUGGUUUUUCCCUCUGUAACAUUGCAGGCUUAGAGGAAAUGCCACUUGUUUUCUACUCAUCAUCUUCUGUGUCCAUUGCCUUCAAUAUAAAUGUGUCCCCCCUUUUUCCAAGACGUGCAAUAGAAUCUACCUUACACUUAAUUCAUAUUAUAGAAUUAUUGUAAUAAACUAGAAAACUAAUACAGGAGUCCACCGGUGAUGACUGGAGUUUAUCCGACCUUCAUUUCUAAAUGAUUCUGUUUACCUUCCUGCUCUGCACUCGAUUUUGUUUUGUGUCUCCAGCCCUCCAGAGAAGUGUGUGGGCUGUGUCUAUCACUGACUUGUUUGGCUCUGUUCACACGAUGACAGUGUGAUACUUGAACAAGCUCCGUGAAUGUAAGCACACUGAGCAGAUUCUGUACACAAAGCCCUGUCGCCUGCUCUCUUAAAAGCUCGGCCCGGCCCAGCAGCAGGCUCCAGCCAUCUCCACUUAUGGUGGUGUGACUAUAAACAAACACCUGGGUCUCUCCCCAGUCACCAAAACCUCACAAUUAAACACAUGCACACACACAUACACUUAGAGAUGGAGUCACAGCUGCUUCUCCUGGCAGGGCUUGUACCGGCACAAUAGGGGAAAACAGAUAGUCUCUGGGUUUAGUUUAGCGCAGCUGAGAGGGCUCUCUUCUGAGUAACACUUUAUUUAAAAUGUGCUCCUCCGGAUGAGAGCCAGAUGCCUGAAAUGAAAAAGAGAGCUGUCAAGGCUACAGUGUUGAGCUAAAAGAUACGUAAACAGAGCCCAUGCCUACUGACAAAUACUUGCUGUAGUUGGGAUUUAACCUGUGAUGGUCUCUUAGCAAUCGGCUACCUGCCAACACGUCAUCUCUGAAAUGGGCUUCUACAGUAAAAAAACACGAGUUUAAAGGAGUACAAGUGAGUUUUCUUUACAGAAUUUAAACAUCAUAUGUUUUUUUUCCAGUUGUUAUUCUCUUGAGAUCAGGCUAUGACAAAUUAGAGAAACAUUAUUACUCUUAUAUAGAACACAGAAGUAAUAAUAAUCCCAAAUAUGAAAUGAGUCCUCUCAGAAAAGUGAGCAGUAGAAAUAGUCGGAGAGAAAGAGAACAUGGGAGAAAAUGAACACAUGGCUUCAAUUGCCUUCUCCCUGCUCCAUCAUCAAAUCUGUACAAUCUUAAUUAGGACAUUAGGCUUCUUUUUUUCCUCCCUCCUUUUUCCAUCAUGUCAGCUUUCAGUGACGUACAGCGUUAAGAAGAAAUAACACCAAACAUCAAAGCUACAAUAUCUGCUUUUUUUAUCAGACAGAACCAGUAAAAAGAAAACGACUGAAUACCUUCCAUUUUCCUUGGCCCCAGCCGCUGUGCUGUUAUCUUCUUCACGUCAUCUGGCUGCAGAGUAGGUAGAUUACUGGAAGCAGAAAUAAUGGCUGCUGUGUUUAUUGUGGCUUGGACACUGUCUGUUUAGACCCUGGACCAAAGGUAAUCUGUCAACCUGCUGUGAGUGGCUGAGUAUAAAAUCUGGGAGUAAACUGCAGCGGAGUUUAUUGCAUGAGUCGAUACAUUAAGAUAAGAAACAUGGCAGAGGAGAGGCGGGAGGCUGUUUUCAGAAAAAUCAGACAAUAUGGCAAUUUAUACAGUUUUCUUGUUUUGUUUGCAGGAUCAUUAACUUGGUUUGGUUUUAUUCUGGAGAAUGCCAAGGUGCAUGUGGGUGCAAGUUGUUUUCUACCAAAGAGACUCUGAUGAUUCAAUUUGAGUGUAUUCAGAUUUCAUUAAAAAUUCACACAAUUAAGUGCAUGAAUCUGGGUUUAAUUGUGGUUUAUAGGUUUAUAGGCCUCUUUUUCACAGUGGCUUGUUGUUGUUUUUUUUUAAUUAGCACGGUCAAAAUUAUACUGUAUCAUCUUACUUUAAUGUCCCGUGAGGAACUUUUGGUUUGCGUUAAUUUUGGAGCCCCCUGUGGACAAUGUAGUCUUCUGACAACAGAUUUCACUUCGCAGACUUUCAACGAUCAAACGUCUCAAAUGUUGUAAAAUUUUUGGGCAAUUUCCUUAGCUGCUCUGCUGACCCCUACCCCCUCACAUUGGAUUCAUUUAAACCUACACUAUAAAAAUCUGGUCUGGUCAUUGAUGAUCUUGAUUGCUUUUUAUUAUCACAUCAAAGUAUCUUUAUGAAUUUCAGUCUAUUUUAUUGAUGUGAAAAAACCCAUAACUCAUCUACUUGCUUAAUUCGCAUGAAUCUAGAUGCAUGAAUGAAUAGUAUUUACUCGCUUCAUUUUACACAUCAACACUAAUUUCAACGGUAAUCCCUGCCAAUUCAACCGGCGGGAUCAGAAGAAAUACUCUGCAAAUGCUACUGCCAAUUCUUUUGUCCACUGGGAAAAUGAAAGUAAGAAUCUCAGCUUGUGAUAAAGUAAAGUGAUUAAUUUCCUUGUUGUUUAGAUGGUAGUAACUAACUGACUUUGUAUUUGAUGAUGAGAAACCACAUUUAAAAAAAAAAAAGUCAAAACUGGAACAAUUUACUGAACACAAGAUCACAAAGCCUAUCGGUUAAUGUUACCAAAUUGGUUUUCUAAGUUAAGUCAAUGUCAUUACAUCCAGCACCUCUAGCCGCCUUCAGUCGUCCUUUUUUGUUGUUUAUUGCAGCAGUUAUGUAGCUAAAUGCAAGUUUGAUAACUACAGCCUCCAGUUUCUGGAUCAAAACACUGCAGAGCUAAACCAGAGCUAAACCAGAGCUGCAAGAUGCCCUCUGUGAUCUGUGAGUGUUUGCAUUCAGGUAGUAGGUAAUUAUAGCAUGAUGGCAACACCCAUUAACCCCAGCUCAUACUCGACAGCUUAAACACAACAAAGUGUGUGAUCAGGACUAUUUUAAUGAAGAACGUGAAUAAUUCAUUUAACAGUCACUGACAUGUGAGGGUGUCAACAUUCAUUGUUUUGUCAGCUUAGUACACAUAUUUGAUUGAAUUCUAGCUCUAAAUUUAGCUUCAAACAAGCACUUUAGAGAAUGGUUAUUGAUUUCAAAGGAGAGAAUAAUGGCUAAAUAAAUCUAUAUUGAAAAUAAAAAUCAGCCCUAAAAAUAGCUGCUAAUGUUGAUUGACAGCACGCCUCUUGUAUUUUCUUCUCAAAAAACAUGAAGUUUCCACUUGAAACAACUUAGUCAAAGGUAAUAUUUUGAUGACCUUGUUAGGUUACUGACUUGUUGGCCAAGGUUAGGAAACUCUUUGCUCAGAAUUGAAGUGCUGUACUGGAUUCAUGACAUUCUUAAAUUUUAUACUGAAAACCCAUAACCUUUCUUUUUUCCUUCACCUUCGGAUGUAGGAUGUGUUCUUGGCUGUGGAAACAUUUUUGUAGAAAAGAAGUCAGAACUGAAACAAAAACAGAGAGGAAUGUCUAUUUUGUCUUCGCCCGGUAGAUCUCUCUCGCUGGGACAGUUAAAUUACUGUAACCACAGUGCUAACUACUGCUACACCUAAGUGUUUUUUGUGAUAAAAGCAGAGUCACUCGAUACAUGACUGACAGAUUCCUCUGGAGAAAAUGUCCGUUUUUUUAUAUUUACAUUCUGUGCUGAAGGCUCCAUGUCAGUAUCUGAGGCCUUUCUGCUGCAUUAGCAGAAUAGGAGGAGAGUCUGCCAGUUCUUCAGCUUUCAUUAAAAGUAAACCUUUUAAGCCAAGCACUGCAGCCUGCCCAGACCCCCCUGACAAUAAUGUACUAACUGUUCACCCGCCAAACUAUCAAACUAUUUUAUAUUCCACACCUGCUAGGCAUUACACACAGCGCUCCAUCCCGGCCAUGCAAACACAACAGAAGUGCCUUUGUUGGGGCCUCAGGACCAUUAGGGCAGGGUGGGUACAGCUCAAAAGUGUUCAAGAAACAAUUUAUCAGAAGGAGAUAGACACACUACAGGCCUUUGUGCUCCCUGUGACACCAUGCUCUAACGGCAGGCAUUUCCUGCCCUGAGAAGGCAGGUUUUACAACAUUUAGGGAGAGGUAUUUUAAUUGGAACCACCUCCAGCCCGAUGGAGGCCUCAGUGGAGCAACAUGGAAAAGCUGUUGAGAGCAGCUCAGAAGGCUCCCCAUGGUGUCACAGCUAACCAACCAGUUCAAGCCAGCUCAAGGCUCUUAUUGUAAAGAUAAUAUUUGCUGUUCGAUUUUUUUGUCCUUCGUCAGUUAUCAUGAAUAUUUGAAUUGGUGCAGGGUGAAAAGUUUCUUUGUCUCACGCUGAUUUGUCAUAAAUCUUAAAGACGGUGGUGGGCCUUGUCAGUCUCUAAUGAGUCAUUUAUAACGGUGCCAGGAAGGCAACUGUGCCAUGUUGUUUUCUUGUUCAUUCUCAUUGCAUUGUGUUAAUGUGUACAUCCAUUAAAUUCAUUAAUGAGGAUUUUUCUUCCAGCAUCUGUGCUGCGUCUGUUCGUGCGGGGACAGCACAGUAGGACUCUCAUUAGGUUUUUUUCUCGACAACUUCUGAAGGCUGGGUCGACAUCAAAGACAGAUGUAGUGAAUGGCAUUACUCCCAAUUCUUUGGCGUAGCUGCACUCAGUGUACGCCCUGCAAACAUAUUCCCUGCAACUAUUCCGUAUAUUAGCCUCCCAGUGUUUUUUUAUAUUUCUUUGAGUGCUUUUGUUGAUUUUGGGGUCUGUACUAGUUUUUAACAUUUUGUUCUGCCAACAAAACCAGCAGAAAUCUCAUUACUGAGAUCUACAAAGUAAUUCCAACACCAUCAUAUCCUUUAACACUGCUUUGAUUUGAAGAUAGUUUGAUACACACUUGGAGAUAAAUGUACGAGCCACACACCCUGAUUAUAUGUUGAUUUGUUUUAAAUGGAAAAAAAAAAAGAGAAAACUUUCAGUAUACUCUCUAGAUAUUCCUGAAUAUGACUGACUGACACAAAAUUGUGACUGUCAAAAUUGCAACACAGUUACAGCCACAGAUAUGUCAAUGUCACAUGUGUAGAGUAAACAUUUCCCUCUUCAAGUCUCUGUUUAUGUCUAACCUUUUACACCCUCUUGUCUGCAGCUGUGGGAGACCGUACAUCAGACUGAGCCAUGGGGAGGGCUCUAUUGACAAGGGAGACCGGAUACCACGGCCAGGUAUGAGCUUAGUCUCACUCAUGAAGGUGAUCAGAUGAUCUUAGAGUCAUGACAUUAGAUAUUGGUACCAACAAUGAUUACAUGCAGAGAAAUCAGGUACAGAGUUGACCAUAUCGAUCACAUCAAUCCACCAUCCUGACACAACUUUUUUAAAGUUCCGAUACGAUAUUGUAGCCUUGUGUAUUGGCCGAUACCGACAUUGAUCUGAUAUUGGCUCAAACUUGUGCAUGACAAGUUUUGCACUCAGCUGCAACAUCUUUUUCAGACUCAAACAAAAAAUACUGCCAUAGGGCCGAAAUCACUCCUAGUCCUUGCUACCAUAUUAGUACCUUAAUACACACUGUUGUUGUGAUCACGUAGGCUCUGCAUGAUGGAUCUGGAUAGUUACUUAGAGGAGCUGGAGCGGAGUCUGGAAUGGACUGCUUGUAUCAAAGUGCUGAUAUCGGCGAUUUUGGAUGCAGGCCAAUAUAAUCUGAUAUUCGUUUUUUGAUUAUAUCCAACCGAUAUCCAGUAUCUAUAUCAGAUCAGGACAUCCCUACAUGCUAGUUACACUGAACAAUAAACAGCUGUGAAUAAUUACCACAGUCGAGUUUUAGCAGAAAAUAUGGUUUCUGGUAAAUACUCUGUAAAGCUCCAGAGAGGACUAUCAAGACAAUCAAGACUGUUAGCAACAAGACUAACAGUUUUUAUCUUGUGAUUUUUAAUGCUUCAAACUGGUGCUUGGGGUUCAGACAAACAGGUUAAGAAACAGCCCUGUUCUUAUAACCUAUUUGUCAAAUAUUAACCAUGAAUCAUACAUUCGACUGCCAGAGAUCAGCAGGAUGAGAUAUUUUUUUUUUUUUUUUUUGUCAGAGAGCAAGGGAAGAUAUGUAAAGACUUUUUAGACCACAAGAGUCGAAACCUAAAAUUUCUCACAGUGGCUUAAAGUACAAAUCUCUUUCUGUGUUCAUUUAUUUCCUACCACAGCAGAGUGAUAAUGAUUAAAUGCAGCUUCCUGACUGGCCUGUUAGCUUGCAGGACAAAUUAUGAGAUCUCUCUCAUCUCUCCAUGUGUUACCUUGUAAAAAUGUAAUGCAUUCUCAGCAUCUUUUUUGAUUAACUGUAUUUUUGACUUUACUGCUGUGACACUGCAUGAUUCACUGUUAGGGGACUAAUAUUCGACUAUCCUAUAUCUUGAAUUCCCCCUAGGAUAGACAAAGUAUUCUGGUGGUUCUGAUGAUGAGUGUCCUGUUACAAGGCUUAAAAAAUAAUAUUUGCAGUUCAUGUUUAUGAUGCUGCCAUGGACACAUGUCUAUUUCAGUGAGGUUGGGAUAAAUCUGCUGAUUUUUUUAACAUGUUUUUUUCAGUGAUUGUUCAAUUAAAAAUUCAACCAAUUUAUUGACAAUCCUAAUCAAUAUAUUCAUAGUUGUUGCCCAGAAUUUAACUGCCAAAAAAAAAAACAGCAUUAAAAUUGCAGCUGAAUCUUUUUUCUCGUCUUUUUUCAGUCACAGUGUUUGCAUGUGUUACUUACCUUACCUUGGAGUUUCAUUUCAAAAACUGCAGAAAAAUAUUAGCUAUAGCAGAAAGGGAUUAGGAGAAGUGGAUAUAAUUAAGAUGUAAAUUAAACACCCUUCGUCCCAAAAAAUCGUGACAAUAUGCAUCAUCUUAAGGAGAUUAUUACAGUGGAUUUUUCCUCAUAAGCCGCAGGGUGACAUCUCUUUGUUUUUCUCCUCCUGGCAGAGGACCAAGUGGUUGUGUCAUCAGACUAUGACAGCACCCACGAAGCCAACCACAGUGACAGCAGUGAUGUAGCACAAACAGAGGAGGACACGGAGGAGGGAAAAAACCCCGCCCAGAAUGUCAUCCUCCACCCACUAAUACCUCCGGAGGUAAAGCAAGGACAGAAUCACUAGUAAUGCAAUAAAGCAUCGUUAACGAGGACAGUAAAUGUGCAAUCACACUGCUAGAUUGAACCAUGCAUUAUUUACAUUGCAUCUAUUUGUCUCACCACUCUUCAUGACGUGUCCCCCACACAGGACAAACCCAUUCUGGCUCCAGAGCCGUUAAUAAUGGAGGACUUAGAGCCCUUGAUGAGUCAGCUAAACAAUUGGAACUUCCCCAUCUUUACUUUGAUGGAGAAAACCAACGGCAAAUGUGGACGCAUCCUUAGCCAGGUGAGCACAUUAGACCACACCAGUGGUUUGAGUAAGAUGAUUAUCUCAGUGCCAACAAAACUAUUGACCAAUAGCACAAAGACCACAUCAUAUUUCUUUGCUUUCAUCAUAAUAAAUUUAUCUGAAUAACCAAAAGAAUUACAUAAAAUGAUCGAGGUCUUUCAUAUUUUGAGAGCAUUGUGCCCUUCUUGCAUGUGCAGUGGUUGUUCAUCCAAGCCUAGUGGCUUCUGAGGUUAAGAUUUUGGUGUUUUCAGGUCUCUUACAGGCUCUUUGAAGACACUGGCCUGUUUGAAACGUUCAAGAUCCCUGUCAAAGAAUUUAUGAACUACUUCCACGCCCUUGAGAAUGGUUACAGGGACAUACCAUGUAAGCUUGAACAUCUCUCUCCUGUGUUUUUCACUGUCCUCCAGUUUACCUGUUAGGUCUGUUUGCAGCUGUAGUGAUAAAAACCGCCCACUAGAAAGAAAUGUCGCAGUAUUUCCAGCCUUUGUUACAGCUAAACCCCGGCCAGACAAUGAUGAAGUGCACUGAUGUUUUUUGAAGUCUUUUUAAUUAUGUUCAGCCUUAUCAUGAUGUUUGAACAUAACUCCUUUUGAAUAGACUCUAUAGUUACACAAAAAAGCUGAAAGACAAAAAAUAUAGAAAAAAUAGACCAAAUAAAGAACUACAGUCAGAAGUAUAAUUACUACUCACACCAUAUAAAAACAAAAUGCUAAAGAGUGCAGCUCUUAGCAUGCACACAAUGACUAAUCAUAAAAAACUAGAGAGACAGAAACUUAUUUGAGAGGAGUUUGUUUCAAAAGUACCUCUAACAUAACAGUAUUUCUGUGAACACAUUUAUAAAAACACAUAUAAAGUUAUAAAGCCGAUUACCAGGAAGUACUUCAAAAUAAAAGCACGAAAUUGUAAAUUCUUCAAUAAUAUAAACACAACCUACAUGAAGUGAUCCUUUGCAAUAAUAAACCUUCAUAAGAGAUAUUCAUGUUUGUGUCUUACAAGACACAUAAGUAGCCUGAUAGUGCCAUCUAGUGGAGAAGUUACACACUCUCAGCAGGCUUUUUUUUUUUGUCUUCUGACCCAGAUCACAACAGGGUCCAUGCCACAGAUGUUCUUCAUGCCGUUUGGUACCUCACCACGCAGGCUGUGCCCGGUCUGCCCAGCCUCAUCACCGACCACGGCUCUGCCAGUGACUCAGGUGUGUCUGAUUGCACAGGUACAUAAAUGUAGACGUGUGCAUGUCCUGGUGGUGGUGGUGGUGAUGGUGUAUAUGUGAAAUUGUUUCAGAACUUCUUUUACUUCUUUGAUUUUUGAAACUUUUUUUCAGUUUUCUCCCCUUAAAGAUUGUCAAUAAGUAGGCCAGGUUUUAAGAUUAGUCUAUGAGCCUGCAGCUUUACAGCUCUACAGUGAGGGAUCUCAUUAAUGUCAGAGCAUCAAACCUGCAGGAGAGUGUACUCUUAUCCUACUCACUCUUUAUCUUAUCUUUCUCAGGCUUUUGGCACUUGCAUUGACAUUCCAAAUACCAUUUGAAGUCUUAAACAGCAUGAAAUUGCAGGCAGAUUAGAGUUCCCUCUCACUCAUAUUUUCAUAACCUCAUUUGUAUGCCUCACUGAGGCCAUCAUUUUGAUCCACAUAGAAUUUGCAUUGGGUGUUCGGGUGUGUGUUCGUCUUGUGUGUAUAUACAAUUAUGUGCUUAUCCUACAGUAAAUGUGUUCGUUUAAGUUCUGCCACCUGUCCUCACACUGUCUGCUCCCCCUGCGGCUAGACUCCGACAGUGGAAUAACUCACAGUCACAUGGGCUUCCUGGUUUCAAAGACCUACACUGUGUCAGAGGACGGUUAUGGCUGCCUGUCAGGACUCAUACCUGCCCUGGAGCUCAUGGCGCUUUAUGUGGCUGCUGCCAUGCACGACUAUGACCACCCAGGACGGACCAAUGCUUUUCUUGUGGCCACCAGCGCCCCGCAGGUACUCAUGCGAUGAAGCCAAUAGUAAUCUAAUAGUGUCUGAUCCUUUACAUUCUAUACAUUCUGAUUCUAUACAUUAGAACCGUAUGUGGCUCGUCCAUUUCCAUUAGUGAUGAAGGAGCUUCUUUAAGAGGAUGUUGUAUCAUUCACAAUAUCCAGUCUCAUUUCUUUUUUUGUAAAGCAUGCACAUGAAUUUUGUACUUGUUCCUGUAAAGUGUUUGUGUGUUUGCAGGCAGUCCUCUACAAUGAUCGAUCCGUCCUAGAAAACCACCACGCUGCCUCAGCCUGGAACCUUUUUAUGUCACAGCCGGAGUACAACUUCCUCGUCAACCUGGACCAUGUAGAGUUCAAACGAUUCAGAUUCCUGGUCAUUGAGGCCAUACUCGCAACUGAUCUGAAGAAGCACUUUGACUUCCUAGCUGAGUUUAAUGCUAAGGUAAAACAAAAAAAAGAUGUUUGACACGACAUAUUGAAAACACAUGACUGUUAAAAUCACAUUGGACUGUUAAUCAUGUUCUAGUGCCCAUAAGAUAGACAGCAAGGUUCAGCUUGAUUUCCAAAUUUGCAUAUUUAUGCAACCAAAAUAGUUGAAAUGUCAUACUCUGAAUAUAUUUCUCAAUGGCUGUUAUCAUCAAAAUAUGUGCCUGCAUUCAGCAAUGGGAACAGGCAUUAGCAAGCACAAACUGUUGCCUGAAUGUCUGGCUGUUGUCUGGGCAGUUGUGAGAAUCAACCAUGGGUUCAAGUUCUCCAGAGUUUAUGUAGGAUCACCACCAUAGACUGUAUAGACUAGACUUUGUCUGCCUCCUUGCUGGGUGAAGCCUCUAAGAGAACAGCACCCUCUGGUGACGGGCUGCAGUACAGGUCAUAAACCCUGCCUCCUCCAGCUAACCUAAUGGAGCUGUGUGAAAAUUUUAAUAGUUAAUUAUACAGAAUAUACAUUUUAUUCCCCCCUGGUUGUGAUGUUGACAUGUAGUUAUUGUAAGAUUGGUUUGUGCUUAAGUCCUCUUUUCUCUGUGUGCCUCCAUUUUUGAAAGUUAUUUGGGCUUCAUGUUUUCAAUGAUUGACACUUGAUACAUCCUCUGUAUGGGAGCCCUGAUGUGUCAAUCACCAGGAGCAGCGGAUCAUUUCCAUGAAGUAAUAAACAUCAUAAUAAUCAUUUUGCACUGCAGACAUGGUAGUUCUUCUGCCUUAGCAUUCCAGUCUGAUUACAUUGCCAUGAAGAAAUAAUCAUAAAUGUUCUUCCUUGAGCUGUGAAACUCCGCUGCUCUCAGUGAUCAACUCAUCAGGGCUCCCCCCACAAACAAGAGUCUUCUGGAGGACAGUGGGUGAGUUGUGUUAGGUCUCUUUGCGAAAAGAUGUUUGGUGGCUAGUACUGUGGCUGGGACCCAAUAUGUACUGUUGAUAAAGAUAAGUGCUGUUUUGAGCAUUAUUUGUGGCUACAAAUGUUUUUUUUGGUGUAUUGCUAUCGUGCAGUCGUUGCUGAAGUUGGUAUAACUGAAGAAGCAAGCAGUCGGCAACAUUCAUUUCUCAAGAGGGUGUCUAACUUAAUUAAAUUUACACCGGAAUAUCCCUUUAAGGUUCUGGUGAGGUGUUUUUAGUUUGUUGUGUGACACACUCAAAGACAUACUAAUGCCUCUGUAUGACCUCUAAACAAAAAAAAGGGAGUUACAAUUUAUUGGCGUUGACAGCCAUUACUAAGAUUUUCCAUGGCAAAGAUUCACAGUGAUUUAUAAAGUUUAAUAUUAAACUAAAAUGGAAUGAGACUCCAACCAGAGGACACAACUUAUGCAAAUGCGUGACAAAUUCAGUAGAUAGAUUAGAGAGAUGUUGCUUUGUCCACUGGAGAGGUGCCAAAACAGAUGCAGACCUCAGGUUCCUCACAGGAGUUUUAAUUUAACUGCACGGGAACUAAUGGCCAUUUAGAAAAGGGGAUUUUGGGUCAAUGCCAACAUACCAGCUUUAAGUGUCAGAUGUUUUCUGUAGGCUUUAUUGAAAGGGAAAUAUCUUGUGCCUCUAGGACCAAGGCCUGUAUGCUGGGAACAUUGCAGCUCUUGCAGGAUGUUCUUGUCAAGUGAAACAUCACAAAACCUCCUGCAGGUUCUCACAAACUCAUUUAAGAACAGACAGGAUGUUGGCUUUGGAUUGGAGGGUCCUGUUUUUUUUUUCCAUUGUGAUUAUUAGUACAGUGGUAGGGCUCCAUGGCCAGGGCCUGUCAGCCAGGAUUGCUCUCAUUAGUUUGGCAGCAAAAGUAACAGCAGAGUGUCUGACUGCAGCUCACCCUGCUCUGUGCUUCCUGGAGGGAAAUUAGAUUUCUGGGAAGUGCCCAUCUAGUUUGUUACUUGAUCUCUUUAGCCUCCUGGGUUAUUAAAUGAGAAUGAUAACACCUUUGGAGUGACUGGUCCUUCCUCACUAGAUGUGAAGCUGAUUAAGUGUACAUUGAAACAGCAAAUUCAUUUAGACAGAGGUCAAUCCAAGCUUGAAGUUCAUGUGUUUGAUGCUGAGACAUCAAAAGAAAUAUUGCUUAAAAAAUUAACACAUAUAACCACUCAUCUAUAAGUCACCAUGACUGUAUAAAGUGCACCCUAUUAAUAGAUUACACCCUCAUUUUAUUAAGCUUGUAAAUGACUGUAAAAUACAGAAAGACCUACUAUUAAAAUGAUGUGAAAUUUAGUGUUAUUGUAUCCCAGCUCUCUGAUUGGUAAACCUUUUUUUGCAUCACUAUGAAUCCACCAUCUUUGAACAGCAGAUCAAUGACAGACUAUUACACAAACACAUUUACCUCAAUGAUACUGCCACCAUGUUUGAUUAUGUUACCCAUAAAUAUGUCUUUUUGUUUCGAUCCCUCAGGUUGGUGAUGAUCCAUCCACGGGUAUUGACUGGUCGAAUGAGAACGACCGGCUGCUGGUGUGCCAGAUGUGCAUUAAACUGGCUGACAUCAAUGGGCCUCUGAAGUGUAAGGACCUGCACCUGCAGUGGACAGAGGGCAUUGUCAAUGAGUUCUAUGAGCAGGUGUGUGAAGCGUUUCCGAUGGGAACUUAGACCCCAUUUGUAUCUGUUAAACUGAAAAUCAAUGAGCCAUCAUGUCUGCAGGUAGGGAGAAACACCUGCGCGAUACAGGUGCAGCUCCCAAACCCAAAAAAUAAUUUAAACUGUCUUUGCUCAUUUCAGUCAAAAAGGUUAACUUUUAUAUUAUCUUAUAUUUUUGUACUCAUGCUAAGUGAAAUACUGUAGUAGUUAUUUAAACCCCCUGUGACCACGUACAAAUUGUUUUAUGCAAAUAAAGGCAGUUGGGAUGCACCGAAAUGAAUUCUUGGCCGAAAUCGAAAAUGAGGAAACCAAGGCCAAAAGGCAUUGUAAGGCAUUGUAACUGCCUAAAUUAAUAUUAAUAUUAAAUUAAUUUAUGCUAUUGCAACUUUUUGGGUUUUUGAGUCAGUGUGUUGCUGCAUGUUCUGUGUUGUUUACACCUCUAGAUGGCGCCCGUGAGCCAGGGGCAAAAACAACUCAAAAGUUUUAAGUGUUGUGGGCGGUAGAGAUGCGGCUUAAAGAAGAAGUAGUGUAACUGCGCCUUCUUUCAAAUAUUGGAAAGCGGGCGCUGAGCAUGAGUUUGCGUUGAAAUGUUGAUCUCUGUUAAGGUUUUGAAUAAAGGUGAGAAGAAGUGAAACUUCCCCUAGCUUCCGCUUGUGUAUUUGGCUUCAACAUCCAUGUGGGAGUGGUCCUGUUCUGUGCUGUGUUCAUCUUAGGUUCAGAAUGGCGAUCAGGACAUUUGAAUUUCAUGGGAUAUAGUUAAACCCAACAUGAAGAAACUCUUUACAGAUGCAACCCCUCUUGAAAUUUUCGCAUUACACACUUUGCCAAUAGCUAUCCCUGGUUCUCAGAUAUAUUCUAAUACGUCCACACGGCUGACAUGUUGGUUCUUAUCCAAAAAAAUGCAUACUGGCUGUGAUUUCUGCCUGCGCCAUCACAACAUCUGUUUUAGUCAUGUUGUUUCAGUGAUAAGAGUCUUUCAAAAAUGCACUUUUGGGACAUUUUCGGAUGAAAUUUUUCAAUGGCCAAAUAUUCGGUGCAUUCCUAAAAGGCAGACUUUCAGCUAACCAGCUGGUUCAAUUGUACUGAAGUGCCACUUGGAGUACAUUGCUGCUUUAACAAACAGGAUCUAGUCGAGCAUUCGACCUAUAAUGCCACCCUCAGUGACCUGUGUAACAGUGUGUCCCCUUGGCUCAGCCUGGUUGCCAAUCUCUGCUAAUUGCCUCGAGGUCAAAUUCUGAGCCUUUAUGUACCCACCCCUUCAGCCAGGAGACACAACCACUUCAGUUCAUGCCACUCUGGGGUUUGUGUGGUGCAAUACUGCUGGAGAAAUACUCCUCCAUGACAAAGCUCCUAAAAUGACUAAUGACUAAAAAUGCUUCUGCUUGAUAUGGUGACGCAUGCAGGCUGCCCAGGCAACUGUCAUUCAGCAGCUGCAGCUGCAGCUCCUGAUUACAGCUGUGAGAGACCAACAACCUCGAAAACAGCAGCAAAGCAGUACAACUCCUCCUCACAAUUCAGAGCACAUUCAGGCAUGCAUUAAAAGAAGACAGACCAUAAUACUCCUAUCUGCACUCUCUGAAGGAUCAGGAGACAUACUGAAGAAUUGAUUUAUUCACUAUGCUUAGAGGCUCUUUAAAAAUGAUUAUGAUGUGUGAAUGGGGAUGUGGGUGUCUUAAAUAAGUGUUAAAACACUGGAUUAAUCUCUGCGAUUAGAAAUGCUGACACUUCAAAACGGCUGUAAAUAACACUGAAAUAUGAAUAUUAGUAUUUAAAAAUGUCGACCCUGAGUAGUUUUAUGACUCAAUAAGAGUACCUGUGAGCGUAAACCUUUAAUCUCCAUCUGUCUAGGAUGUCAUCAUAGGGACAGCUGGGUCUAACCGUCACCCCCCACCCCCCUUAUAUGUAUUCCACCUGUCCGCUCACCUGCCAGGAAAUUCCAUGAAGUCGACAGUUCCUCUGAUAUCCAAUCUUUUGAUGACUCUCUUUGUGCCCUAACAUGAGCUGCUCUUUGCUCUGCAUAAACAAAGGAUUUCAGUUCUAUGUGGUAUAGGAUUACACUUGAGAUAGUUACCAAGGCAACCAGGAAACCAUGCUAUAGCGUUUGCUCAUAUGGACAUCAUGCAAAGCACACAUGCUGCUAGAUUUUUACAGGAAAUAGCUAAAAAAAGGUAUUGUUGAUUAAUGUUCUACAUACAGGGAGAAAUCAGGAGAAAUCACAAGUCAUAUUAUUGAAGUUCAUACAUGAAAAUACUGAGUACAGCUAGUCAGAUAAACCUGCAAAAAUCUUUGCUGCAUGUUUGUCUACUGGUUGGAUGUACUGUACAACCACACAUCCAAAAAAAGUUAGGACUAAAUGUUAAAAGGAACCUCCCAUAAAAAGGCAUGUUGACAUUAUUUGAUGUAUGAGGAACAGCCGCUCAUAGACUGCAGUGAUAUCUUGUUAUAACAUGUACAGGAGAACUAAGUUUGAUUGCUAAGCCUUGUGUUCCUUUAUAGUUUUAGGAUUGUAGAGGACAUCACAGCAGACUGGAGCCGCUGUUUACGAUGGAAAAACUGUCAGAAAAAUCUGCAUCCAAACACCCAGAUCAAACUUUUGUUUCACUAAUGUGCCACUCCUCCUGCUUGUGCCAUGUGUGUGACAUGUGGACACAAAGAUCUUGUUGUAUAUCAGAUACUGUAAGGGGGAUGCAGAUCAGAUUGAUUAUGGAGCACGUAAAAAAGACAAAUUGGAUUUAAACCCUUACUGAACACAACAGACUUACUUACAUCCUGUGUGUUUCAUAUUAUCAUAGACAUGAAGCAGGCUCUGUGUGAAUAUAAACUACUUCUGCACAUGAUGUGAUGCUUUGGCUCACAAGGAAAUAGAAGUGGCAGAAGGAGUAGAUCUGUGUGCUCUUUUAUUUUUUUAAUUUGUUUGUUUUUGUUUUUAAUAUGAAAGAGGGAUGAUUGCAAGUAUUACAUAUCACUUCAGUGGAGUGAUGCCUAUGAGUUAGUUCAGGCAGGCUACUCAACCAGCACUAUUUUCACACCAGGCGCAUACAAAUCCCAUGAUCUCUUUACAAAAUUUUCAUCCAACUUCUGCAAAGUUUUCAGGCUCUCUUUAUUUCCUUCACCUCUACUGUAUUCAGACUUUCAGCCCCACCAGCAUCCAAAUAUUACCUCGACACACGUGAAAUUUCUGAUUGUAAUAUAAAUCUGUGAGCAGAUUUAAAACCUUUAAAAUGUGAGUUAUCUGACUAAACUUUCCUAAUGAUGAUUUUGUGUGUUGUGUUCUGUACAGGGUGAUGAGGAGUCCAGCCUAGGCCUACCCAUCAGCCCCUACAUGGACCGAGCAGCACCACAGCUGGCCAAGCUCCAGGAGUCCUUCAUCACACACAUUGUGGGCCCACUGUGCAACUCCUACGACUCAGCCUGCCUCCUACCUGGACGAUGGGUGGAACCCAGCCCAGAGGCAGAGGAGCCAGAAAUAACCGAGAAUGAAGAGGAAGAGGAGGAAGACACCGCAGAGGAAGAUGCAUCGACUGGUUCAGAAGCAUCACGUGAGCACUAUUGUCUUAAAACUGCAAACCAAAUUAUAAAUCCUCUUUAACUAUAUUCAGUGUGAUUCUUAGUACUGAGCAGAAAUUAAUGCCAAUGCAGUAAGUAAAUGUUCCUUGAAAAACCUCUUGUAAUGAGUACAGCUUAUUAGUUCUAUUGCAGGAAAUGUUAAAAUCGAGGGAAUUUGGGGGAGUCAAAUUUGAUUUAAAACAAGAAUCUGCUUACUUUGAAAAGCUGCUUCGUUAACUAAUCUGAAAUCCUAGUUUGAGGAACACAAAAGCCAAUCUCUUUGGCACAUAAAAUUCAAACCUCCUGAUCAAUUGAAAGCAUUUAUUAUAAAAGCCAAUUAGAGGUGCAGUGUUUAGUGAGCCUCCAGACUAGCCUCGGGGUCAUACUGUUUGGGUAGUAGAUCAUGUUUAAGAUUCAUACAUAAUAACACAUAUGAAAACGGUUUAACAUUGAAUAAUUGCACAGUCUUCGUGUACUUGGUGGAGAGUCCAAUAUAAAGAUCAUACGGAUCCAGACACAGUGACUGGAGAUUUGAGUCCCACUUUUGGCACUUAAACCCAGUUCCUCCUCAUUAUACUUCCUGUGAUUAUUCUUUGUCCUUCAGACAAAGCUGGGGAAAAAAGAAUUAAUAAAUAAAUAGAUAAUUUUAUUAUCAGUUAUCUUAUUUUAAACCGCAUUAAAGGAUUGUGAUUGUAAAACAACAGACAAUUGUUCAUUUCAUGUACAUUUUAAACACAAAGCAACCAGCAUGGGCUGUUAUGCAAAAUUUCAUCUGCAAGUAUUUCUUUAUGCACAACCAUUUCUAGUUUAAUGGGCAAAAAAAGACAUGUUGAAUGGCUCUUAAAGGGGUAAAGUGACACUGUUUGAGGCAUUAGCAAUGCUCCAGAGUAUUGGUGCUGUCAAAAAGUCUGACCACUUAGUCUGACAGAGAGAGACCAAUUAGCAGACAAAAAAGUUUAUUUUAGUAUCACUUUUUCUAGACACCAUUUCCCAAGUGCUGCACAGUCAAAUGAAAGCAAAUAAAUUCAAAAUCUGAUAAAACACUGCAUAAAAUAAACAAAGGAAAGGGGAGUAGGAUACAAGAUCAAAUUUGAGUCUUCACAUGUUAACUGAGUGGUCGUCUAAAAAUAACCAAAACUGACUGGAUUUUGGGAUCAGGCUUCAAAUGUGUCAAAUAGCUCUUCACAAAGUUUUUGAUGAAUUCUCUUUUAUUUCUUUUAUUUUGUAGAGAAAACAGCUCAGAAGAAGAGGAGGAAAGUCUUCUGCCAGAUUACACAGCACCUACUGGAGAACCACGAGAUGUGGAAGAAGGUGAUUGGGGAGGAGGCUCAAAAACAGGGUCAGGGAGCAGAGUCGGUCCAUUUAAACAAUGUAGCGGAGCCCAUCCUGGCUAUUCAUGAGGAGGAGGAGGAGCCAGGCAGCAGAGAGGAGCUGGUGGAGGGAGAGGACCCUGAGGAGGGAGACGAUGAACCGGAGUGGCCUGCAUCCUCGCAGGAAGACUCUAAACCUCCAGAGGAACUAGAAGAGGAGGAAGAGGAAGACCCUCAGUGAAGAGGCUCAUGGGAAAUAUGGGACGUGAAGACAUAGUUCUUGUUUUCUUAUCCUAUCACAUGACUCCUGUUUCUGCCAGCACGUCACUUAGACACAACACUGUAGAUGUUCGGGAAAUGUGUGCCUAUACAGAGAAAAACAGGGUGGGAAAAUUGUGCUUUACACAUUUUAUCUGAAUAUCUGGUUGCACCAAACAUAUAAAGGAGCUUUCCAGAUUGCAAUACAGGAUUGUUAUUUGUGUACUUUGGGAUACAGACUCUUUUGCUACUGUCAAGAGAAGAGAAAGACUGGCUGCACAGACCUCAACCCGAUGUGGUAACACAGGACUGCAGUAAUUUGCUGCCAAUUUAUACAUAAUUAUUUUCUGAAUGCAAUUAUAUAUAUAAACAUCACAGUAACUUGUACUUGUGUUCCAAUUUUAGCAGUUUUUGGGGGUCUCACAUGGGCCAUAAUAUGUUUAUAUAUAUAUACUAUAUGUAUAUGUAUACAUAUAUAUUUAUAUAUAUGGAUACAUAUAUAUACUACAUACAUAUAUGGAUUAUAAACGGAGCCAAUCACACGAGGGAACAUAUUUCUUCCUUUCAAUGUUUGCCAAAAUAAAUCACUCACCCACACAUUUAAAAUCACACAUUCAUGCAUUUUAUGUUUGAUAUUUGUUUUUAAUUUAAGUUCAUAGUACCUGAAGUGUUGCCAUAUUGGUUUUUGAAUUAGGAGAGUUGAGGCUACUGACAGUGUGUGCGUGUGUGUGUGUGUGUGUGUGUGUGUGUGUCUGCAGGUUGAACACAGUUCUUUACAGAAUAAUAUGUAAAUCAAGCAGGUGAGCUGCUUUUGUGCCCUCGCUGGUCUUCCGUACCAAGAAAAAUGAGGUCAUGGAAUAGUUAACUGUCCCAAAAGAUUGAGGUCCAGGGUUAAGUGUGAGCUGAGAACGCGGCUGUGUGUUAUUGAAAAUGUAUCUAUGCUGAAAACAAAACCAAAAAGAAAAAAAAUAGUAAUCUAAAUAUACGCUAACACUGCCAAAGUGUUUAAUAAGGGAAAAAGGUAACCAUUUAUUUAUAAGACGUACUAAAGAACCUGGAGGAAUUAUCUAACACAAUCACUACAAAUGUGUUUAGUAUAAUCUGUAGGUAAAAUAAUACAGUGUCCUUUGUCAUAUCAGUGUGUUUUACUAUACCCUACACUAACCGUUUUUUUAUUAUAUUUAAAAAAAUAAAAUAAAAAACUACAAAUAAUGCUGACCUUUGACCCUCAGGGAAUCAUCACCUGUAGGAAUAUGAAUAAAUCUGAUCACCUGUGAGGAAAAUGCAUCACAAAUGUACAGGUAUAGAAAGCUACUUAGGAGUAUACUCAUGACAAGCUGUGUGUGCAAGGCUGUAUUCACACCUUCUUCUCUUUCACGCAUGAGGAGAAAAGGGGGUUGAAACUAGUAAAAGCUGAUGACAGAGUGAGCCACGCUGCAUAAUGAUUAAAUGAGUAGGUUGUACUUCAGGUACAGUAUUCUCAGAUAAAUAAACCGUCACCAUAUUGCAGCUGCAAGUCAGGGAAAGCUAAGGCAACCCCCUGACACUAAGUAUUAUAUCUGUCAGUAGAGAAUUAUGGUCCCUCAAUGAUGUGAGUAUCUAGUUGACAACCUUGUAAAAGUCACAUUUUCAGUAAUGGCUGAGAUAAUAGCAUACAUAGGCAUUGAUAUGUUUCCUUGAAUUAACUUUACUCUUUGAGUCAUUAGGUGUAUCAUAUGUUAUUUUUCCAUCAUCAAAUAAUCUGUCACUGUGAUAUUAUGUCCAUUUGAAUUUAAUUUCCCUACAUUUCUAUUGCUCACGUAUAAGGCUGCUAAGUUCUCAGAAGACAUUUUGUACUUUUAAUACCAAUCCCUUGGGUCAUUGCUUUUCUAUUGCUUCGCUAUCAGAGUGGCAAUAAAAAAAGAGAGUGUAGUGAAUCUGAGAUCCAGAUUAGAUUACAGCACUGCUCAUUAGAGUGGAGACAUGUGUUUGACACCAGCAUGUGAGAAAAUGUCACAUAUACGCAUGAUUUUACACAGGUUCAUCGAGAGAGAAGAGAGAUAGGUCUUAAAGUGACAGUGUGAAUUGCAAUCAAAAGCCGUUAUAAUCAAUGGAUACACAAUAUGUCAGCACUUAGGUAGUAAAUAUGUAAUGCACAUUAGAAGAAAGUUUGCUCCCAAAUGCUCUAAAAAGCAGUCUACUUUUUGACAUUUAUGAAAUCAACUGAAAUUCAUAUUAAGGUCUUUUUAUGAUAAUGAGAAGCAAACAAGACCAUCUGGGAAAACAAUGAUGAUUCUUAUGUUGUCAUAUUUAGUGCCUGAAAUGAAUGUGUUAGGUGCCAGUGGAGCAGCUAAACAACAAGCCCACAUUUUACACUUAAAAUAUUCACAAUUAAUGAAAAAAUGACUGCUAAAGGUCAGCAGAAUAGGAUUUUUUUAACUACUCAAGCAUGUAAACGACAAAAUACGCAAAGACUGCUUUAUCCACUGGGUUCUUCACAGGAGCUUUAAAUAAAUAAAAAAAACUUGUUUCCCAAACUUAAAAUAUACCCAUCAAAGUAGAUACAUUUAAGAGGGAUUUCUUCACAUAACAUGAUCACAAUGUAAAAAGUCAGGAUGCAAGAAGAAUCACAUCACCAUAUGGUUUUUGGCACAAAAAAAGAAAAAGAAAGAAAACGAAGACAUGAGGUUGCCCAGUUAUACAUCCAACUGCUCUUCAGCUUGUGAAAGAUGCAAAAUAUCCUUCAUGAAAGUCCCACCUUGCUUUAAUUUUGAACAUGUACAUAAAAAUAUGUCUGAAGGACCCCAAGUACACCUAGAGUCAGCCCAGCCAUCUACAUGGAGUUGGCGUGUCGACUCUCUGUCACACAGAGUGCAGUGAGGCAAUAUGUAAUGAAUUAUCCAGUCCUAAUCUUGCCCAGUUCUCAUGACCUACAUGCACAUCUGAAAUCUUUUAAGUGCUGGUAUCUCAUCUUGUUCCGUAUCCCUGCUCCACUCCAUAAUCUCAUUUCUUUAAAGUGAUCUGUAAAAAACAGAAGAGCACAUGUUGGUCUACAAAUAGGAAGUGUAGAACAUCAUGUCCCUGUUUUCUUGCAGACCCUGCAUUAACAUACUCAAUCACAACACAAUGUCCUAGACUGCGGUGAAUUGUGCACUACAUCUAUAAUGGCCUGUUUACCACUGCCCUGACUCUGCAGCAGAGUAAAGGGGGGAGGAGGAACACUAUACUGUAGCUCAGGCCACAUGAGCUGAGGAUAAUUGGUCGACCUGCUGAUUAGAAAGGCAUUAGACAGAGAAUCAUUUUCCCCCAGACCCCUUGGUAUGAUUUUGUUUGAGCCCACUGAAUCAGAAUAAGUUUUCCUUUUACUAUUGGCAGGCAUGCUGUCAUGCUCAUUGUGUGCUGUGUCAAACAUGCCUGGAGUUUCCUGUUCUCUUACAGUUUGUCCCUAAUGAACUGUAAUCUUUAUAACAGAGAACAUAAUGGGUACAUUUUAGUAUGCUUUUUUUAAAACUGAUGAGGUAGCACUUGUAUUAUACAGGUUAAGAGAAUUAUCGAAUACGACUUUAUUCUGUUUUCUGGUUUGUAUUUGUAGUUGAAGUACAACGAGCAUGUCAGAUACAUGCCUUCACGUGCAGCUAACAUCUGCUCUGGGAUGUCUUCUCUCCAUGCUCAAAUUUCAUUUAUUUUUUUCCCCAAGCUCCUUGUUUGUGCGUAAACAAGCACUAGAAGAAAUGUUACCAGAAACUUACUUAUCUAGUUGCUGGCAAUAUAGAAAGCCCCAAACAUUGACUACAGCUGCUCUCACAUGUAUGUAUCUUCAUUGGGCGAUAGGCUGUCAGUUUACUUUUACUCUCUGCUUUGAGAUUCCAAGUUGUAGGAUUGAAUAUGUACGUCAAGUUAAAUUCUCCAAAGAAUGUAAAGAAAUGUAGUAAACAGUGUGUGCGUGUGUCUGCGUGUGUGUGUGUGAGAGAGAAGGCGAACGUGUAUUUCUGUCUAUUUAAAUUCUUCCAUUAGCCUCUUUAAAAUGACUUAGACCUGUUUUUUUCUUCUUUAGUGGAGUAAGAGUUAGCUAAUUUAACUAAAAAGUGGAAGGGGGUGAAAUAGUGAUCAGUUUAAUGGUGCAGUAACCCAGUUCUUCUUGGAUGGAAUUCAUAUUCACAUAUGUUCCUGUAGCAUAUUUCUCCUCGUGCUUCCUCUUUGGUCUGUAUUCAUCCUGCAGAUCAAAGAUCCUCACUGACAAGCAGCAGUAGAAAUUUCAUCAUGGCGUCUCUCAGCUUUUAAGGCACCGGGAGUCUGUCAAUAUGUUGAUGAUGUCACUGUUAUAGUGUGGCCUCUGCAUGCAUUUCCCCCCUUGUCACAUCAGUCUCAAGUCAAUACUUGCAUUUAUGCUGAAACUGUUAAUCAUAUUUUGGUGUAUUUUUCACAUCUUGAUUUUAUUUGAUUGUCUUAUUCACACUUGUAGCAUAAUUGUAAUAAUGGGAACCAAACAAGCUUUGCAAUUAUGUAAAAAAGAAAGAAAUGAAAUUAGUAUUUUUAUAUAGUUGACACAUGAUUCAAAUAUUACUUUUUUCUCACUAGUUACUUGCACUUAUACCACAUGUACUAAAAGUUACACAGAGAUGAAUUUGUCCAAAUACACACAGUAUUUGUGAACGUCAAAUCAUUGAUUUUCUUGCAGGUUGAUGCUCCAUUUUGUACAAUAUACAUUUAUGCUGUACAGUAAAGAAAUUUUAAAACAACAAAAACUCUUUUAGAUAAACAUUAUUUAUUUUUACCAUUUUGUAAUUUAGACACUAUACUGUAGCUUCAAUAUUGCCAGACUUACUGGAAGUGCCUAUAUUGGUAUCAUGUAUCAUACAGUGAACAUAUUUGAAGAUCAGUAGAAGUUGUCACAAACUGAACCAUGUGGAUGUUGUAAUGUGAAUACGUUGAAUAACAAGACUAUAAUUUCUGUGGUAUCUCCUGUGUCUGCAGUGCGUUUAUUUUUAAUCGUUGAUCUUUAUCUAGAGUCUGGUUCGUAUCAAAAACUAAAAGUCAAUCAUGAGAAAAUAUCUUCGCUGAUCUGCUGCUUUGAGACCAACUUUGUGUCAGAGCCAUAGGCUGCCACAAUGUAUAUCAACAGUAAGCAUUGAUAGCCGAGCAGUUUAACCGCCCCAUGUAUUGAGGCUAUAGUCCUCAUCACAGGGGAAUGUGGUUCGAGUCCUGGCCUUGACCCUUUGCUGUAUUUCUUCCCCUGUUGACGCCACCACAAGUUUCCUGUCUGUCUUCAGCUGUCCAAUCCAAUAAAAGCAAAAAUACCAAAAAAUAUAACAGUAAAAAUAAAGGUGAAUGAGAGUACUACGAUAGAUGAGGACUAAGAGGUAGACUGCUAG